AUGUAUGACUGUGGUGUGACCUGGACUACAUCAAUAGGACAUUCCCAUUAGUCUAGCGAGCUAUACCUCUACCCACACAUAGUGAUAUUACACACAUGGCCAUACUGAACAUGACUAAUGUCACUCCAGAGAACACUCACACAUGGCUGUCACUAUUUCAGGAAAAACACUAUUUGACUAAAACAUUUCAUGGAAAAAACUCUUGUUCUACCGAGCUCAGGAAUCCAACCAUCUGGAGGGCUGUCCUCCAAUCUAAUGUAUUCUGAUAGAUGAGACCAAUGGGUUUACAUAGCUAUAUUUUUGUAGUUCAUCUGUGUGAAGAAAUGUGCUUCUAAAAUGAGACACAGAUCUUGAGCAAACAGUUAUUCCACCCAGCUUUUCAGUCAUAAGUGAGGAGGGAGUAUGUCACUACUGCUUACGUCAAACCAAAUUGGACUGUGGGGAGAGAGAGAGGGAGAAAGAGAGAGAGGAGGAAAAAUAAAUUGAAGAGUGUAGGGACUGAGGCGCCCAGAAUUACAGGGUGUUACAGACACUCAUCUCAACAGUUCCUCAGAGACUUUACACUGUGGUUACUUCAUUAUUGCCACUUAUCACACACACACACUCUCUCUCCUGUCCCUUCCCAUCUCUCCCUGUCCCUCCCUCUCUCUCUCUCCCUCCUCCUGACUUUCGCUUCUUCACAAGAUUCACAAUACCUUUGCCUAUCACCCUAUCUCUCCAUAAUUUUUUAUUUCCCCUUAUAAUUCCUCUCCCUUCUCUUUCCCUCUCUCCCUCCCACACACAAAUGUGUGGGUGGUCAGCUGGUGGGGGCAAUGGGUGUGGGUGGGUUUAUUGGGUGAGGAGAGAGUGUGAGAAGGAAUGGUGUGUGCAUACGUGGGAGGGUACGUGUGUGUGUAUGUGUAUGUGUGUGUGUGUGUGUGUGUGUGUGUGUGUGUGUGUGUGUGUGUGUGUGUGUGUGUGUGUGUUUGUGUGUGUGAGGUGUUAGAGAUGGUGUGUGAGAGAGGUUUAGGUGUGAGAAAAACAAUUUGGGCACCAGGUAAAGGUUACAGUUUCAUCUAGAAAGGCGGUCAAAAUAACACCCCUCAGCCUAAAAGGUUGCAAAUAUUGCAUUGUACAAUACUGGACUGUUUGUUGACACUGACCUAAUGGUUGUUGUGGUUUGAAGUGGUUCAUCAGAGCCUACAGGAAGACCGACAUCCACCCAGCAAAGCAAACCUAAAUUGUUUCUGUGAAAGUUCCCAGAUCAUUCGUUAGGUCACUGCAAAUUUUCUCAUGUCCAGUCAUGGUGAUGAUUAUAGAACAUUUGUAUAAAACAUUCACUUGAUAUUGCAAGAACGCUCCUAGAACACAUUUAAUCUGUUCUUUAAAAAAUCCCAUAAUGUUUCAUUAGGUUGUGGGAAGAUUGUGUGGACAUGAUAAGAGAUUCUCAAAAGAGUUUCCAAACACAAAAACUGUCCAGUUGUGCUGAUUACUGCAAUCUUUCUAUUAGGUUGCAAAAAACAUUUGCCUGAUGUUGCAAGAACAUUCCCAGAACAUGUUUUAUUUUCUUUAAAAGUUCCUAAAACAUUUAUUUACGUAGUGGGAACAUUGUGGGGAUAUGACAAAAUAAAUAUUAGAGAGAAAUAUUAUUGUGAAAUGUUUUAAUUGUCUGUAUAAUCAACGUACAUAUAGCUCUGACAGACAUACUUACCUCACUGGACAUGUCACCAGGGGUCUCUUCACAGUCCCCAAAUCCAGAACGAAUUCCAUGUCCAUGUUAAUGUUUUUAAAUGCUUAUAAAUUGUAAAGUAUGUUUGUCUGUAAUGUAUUUUUUGUUAUUGGUCGGACCCCAGGAAGACUAGCUGACACCAUUGCCGUCAGCUAAUGGGAAUCCCAAUAAAAUCAAAAUCAAACCUAAAACAAACAUGUUAUUAACGUCAUAAAAACAUACUUUUUUUCAUUCUUAGAACAUUAAGGGAAUGUCCUGACCACCUAACUUAAACAUUGUAUGAAUGUCAUCACAUCUUAGCAUAUUUGGUGAACCUACUUUGUGAAAUGUACCCACACUGUUCCCACAACCUAAUUACAUGUUCUGGGAACCUUUAAAGAACUCAGAAAGGCGGUUCUUUCAACAUUCUUGCAACAUCAAAGGGAUAUUUUGUGCACCCUGAUACACACAUUAUCUGAAUGUCAGCACAACAGGACAGUUUUUGUGUUUUGGGAACAUCUCUCUUGUCAUGUCACCACAAUGUUACCACAACCUAAUGAAACAUUCUGGGAACCUUUAAAGAACAGAUGAAAUGUGUUCUGGGAAUGUUCUUGUAACAUCAGGUGAAUGUUUUUUGCGCCCUAAAAGAAACAUUGUAGAAUAAUCUGUACAACUGGACAGUUUUUGUGUUUUGGGAGCAUAUACUUUGAUGUUCCCACAAUGUUCGCACCAGACUAUUCCCACAACCUAAUGAAACAUUCUGGGAACCUUUAAAGAACAGACUAAAUGUGUUCUGGGAAUGUUUUUGUAACAUCAAGUAAAUGUUUUUUGCACCCUAAAAAAAACAUAGUAGAAUCAUCCACACAAUUGGAAAGCAUUCUGGGAACCUUAAAGAAUAGAUUAAGGACUCUAUUCAAUCUGUAAAGUUAAAGCAUUACAGAUUCCGCAAUAUAAAUGUAAAGGUAAUUUCCAAUUGAGCCGCAUAUGCAGCGUUUACCGUGAAUGCAGUCUCCGCUAAACCGGGAACAUUGCCUUUCAAUCAUGCUGUAACGCUGAACUUCCACAGUGAGGAUUGAAUAGAGCCCUAAAUGUUUUAUUCUAUAGGAACAUUCUUGCAACAUCAGGCAAAUGUGUUAUACAAACAUUCUAUAAUCAUCACCACAAAUGGACAGUUCUUGUGUUAUCAGAACAUUUGCUGCGACCUAACGAAUGUUCUGGGAACUUUCACAGAACCAAUUAUGGUUUGCUGGGAAAACAGUACUGGUACAUGUACAUUGUGUUAUUAGAUUAGCUGGAAAACUAAUGAGAACUUUUGGGGAAUGUUCUGUGGUGGUUGUUACAGAUGUUGUGCACAUUUUAAUACAACAAUUAAAAUUACCUCAUGGUUGUUGUGGUUUGCGAUAAUUUCUCCAGUGUCUACUCUGAGACUGGCUGGUCAUACUGUACGGAGAAUUGUCUCCGUUUUCCACUGAGAGUUUGUUCUGUGGUCCAGUUCUGCCUGGCUGGCCAGUCAAGGUCAGUUCCCCCAGCCCGACCAUUUGGUCAUUGCCUCUUCAGCAUUUCCACACAGUCCAAGCAAGUUUGGCAGCGCUGAUUCAUAGAAUACAUUUUGUUGGACACAAACUAGUGUGGGGUAGAGGGUGUGAGGGAGAAUGUGUGAUUGGGCAAGAGAGAACACACUAACAUUGUUUUAUUACAUCUCAGCUAAAGCACCCUCUCUUUCUGGUACCUCCCUAGGCUUUUGGAGUUGUGAUCCUGUCCCUGCUGCUACGCUCUUAGAAAAAAUAGUUCCAAAAGGGUUAUUCAGAUGUCCCCAUAGGAUAACCCUUUUGGGUUCCAGGUAGAACCCUCUGUGGAAAGGGUUUUACAUGGAACCCAAAAGGGAUCUACCUGGAACAAAACAUGUUUUUCUAGGAAUCAAAAAGGGUUCUUCAAAGGGUUCUCCUAUGGGGACAGCUGAAGAACCCUUUUAGGUCCCACAUAGCACCUUAUUUUCUAAGCGUGUAGGAUGUGUCUUCAUGUGGGGAUGGGAUGUUUCCCCUCUGACAUUAUGACUAUACUGAGGAGACAGUUCACAAUAUGUUCUAUAAGAUGCUAUUCUAUUAGACGCUGUAUGCCAAGACUUCCCUUUAUCAAACUCUCUUUAUUUCUGUCUAGUCUAAAGUGUUUAAUUACCUGGGUAUAUCAGAUACCACAACAAGUCAUAUGGUUAAUAAUUGUAAAUGCUCAAUGCGCUCUCUCUCUCUCUCUCUCUCUCUCUCUCUCUCUCUCUCUCUCUCUCUCUCUCUCUCUCUCUCUCUCUCUCUCUCUCUCUCUCUCUCUCUCUCUCUCUCUCUCUCUCUCUCUCUCUCUCUCUCUCUCUCUCUGUGUUCUCCAGAGAUGUUGGAGUCUAAUAACUUGGUGACGUUUGAGGGCUUGGUGAAUAGCUCCGCCUACCACACGUUCCUUUUGGACGAGGAGAAGGGUCGUCUGGUGGUGGGAGCCAAGGACCACAUCUUCUCCUUCAACCUAGUAAACAUCAGCAGAGAUCUGGCACAGGUAACAGUUACAAUACACUGAUAAUGCAUUAUAAUCAAUACACUUGCAUAUAUACACCAUAGUCUGCUUGUAGUCUGUCUGUCUAUACAGAUGUAGGAUCUUCAUUCGAGACAGUUUGCUACAAAAGGAAAUGUGAAUUAUUACGUGGAUUAUAAUUAAUGGACAAUUUUGUAGGGGUUGAUACAUUUCAAAUUGUAAAUUACAAACUUCCUCACCCCUGUCCGUUUUAGCUAGUCUCAGCCAGGUGUCCAGGGACUCUGUUUCUACCAUAGAGAUAGAUAGAGGACUCAUCUUUGUAUCUGUGCCAUUAUAACGUCUGUGACAGCAUAGGCAGCGCUAUUGAGGCAAUAUCCAUUUUGAAGUAUUACAUUUUCUUACAUUUACAUUUACAUUUAAGUCAUUUAGCAGACGCUCUUAUCCAGAGCGACUUACAGUUAGUGAGUGCAUACAUUCUUUUUUAUACUGGCCACCUGUGGGAAUCGAACCCACAACCCUGGCGUUGCAAACGCCAUGCUCUACUGAGCUACAUCCCUGCCGGCCAUUCCCUCCCCUACCCUGGACGACGCUGGGCCAAUUGUGCGCCGCCCCAUGGGUCUCCCGGUCGCGGCCGGCUACGACAGAGCCUGGAUUCGAACCAGGAUCUCUAGUGGCACAGCUAGCACUGCGAUGCAGUGCCUUAGAACAAUUGGCUGAUCCCUCCUGAUGACCCGGUUGAACAUGACUCUAACAGGGUCACCAGUAGGGAUCAGCCAAUGAAGUUGGAAGUCCCACCCAGUUGACUACAUAUAAAUGGUGGAAGCCCUCAAUGGCGCUGCCCAUGCUAAUACAGCCUUUUGGUACCUAGAGGCCUCUAUCAUUCUAUAUGGUUUCUACAGAGAAGUGGCUGAUGAUUAAUUCAGACCUGAGCUGUCGCACAGGAUCUCACACUGCGCCAGGCGUGUUAGCCACUCCCUGCACACCUGGAUGAAUAAUGGAGUAAACGGAAACAAAGUGGAGAACAAAUCACAUUGUGACUCCUCUACCUCUACCUCCACCACGCACAUACACAUAUGAACAUGCACAGGUGCGCAAGCAGACACAUACACAUCAACGCAAUCUCAUAAAAUAUGAGCUGCCUCCUACAAAAGUAAAUUUUGUAGUAACGUUGCUGGCAGAAGCACCUCAGCUAAUUUUUAAGGCCUGUUAGCUGACCAGCUGCUUGGUCGAGGGGUUAGGGUUAGGGACUGGUUGAAGUUAGGAUUGCUAGUGGCUGAUUAAAGUUAUUGUAUCUAUGUGUAUUGUGUAGUGAAGUGUCCUUAUCUCUCUCUGUGUCUGUGUAGAUCCCGUGGCCUGCCUCCACCUCCAGAAGAGAUGAGUGUAAAUGGGCAGGAAAGGACCUCAUUGUGAGUAGCUACCACAUCUUACACUUUUACACUAUCUCUCCCUCCGGAAGUACUGCUUUUUAGAGUACAGUGUGUUUGUGUAAUCUGUGUGUUGACACAUGGACAGGAAGCUCUGAAUCUGAUCAUAAUCCCCUGGCCAAGAUAGAGACAUUACAUGACCUUAAUCAUCUAGAGUCCAACCCAUAGACUGUAAGAAAUAUGGACGAAGACUUUGAUGACGACACCCCAUUGUUUCCUAUGAGAAUCCUCAGUGACGCAUUUGAAGAUCAGAAAGUGUCAUUUCAGCAUGUCACCAUCUUGCUACAUGUUUUUGGAAACAUCACAUGAGCAGUUUGAGCUACUCUAGGAAGUGACGUUGUAGGCUAGCUCAGUGUAUCUUAAGUUGAAGGCUGACCGGGGACCUGCAGGCUGGCAUUAGCAACUAAAUUAUUAUUUACAUUUUGUCUGUGUGUGAUUUUAAAGUAAUCAGUUCAAGGACAUACAUCUGGUGAAAUAAAAGCAAUUAUUGGUUCAAUGUUUUUUUAUAUAGCCACGAAUAUUGACCACAAAGAUCGCCAUUUUCUCAUUCACUAUAAUGGGGUGUCCUGUUUUUUGGAAACUAUGCCUGCAGUACUGCGGUCAGCAUUCAACUUGAAAUCCUCAAUGUGCUUUCAACUUGAAAUCCUCAAUCCUCAAUGUGCUUUCAACACAGGAGCAGUAUCCUACUGUAACAUCAGUUAUGGCUGUGUAAAAUAGAGCAUGGCUUCUGUCUACACAGUCAUAUGGCAUUAGAAAUUCCCACCGCCAUAUCACAAGAUAAUUUAGGUGUGUGUUUUCUUCAGCCUAAGAAGAGUCAUGUCGAUACCAGCAGCACUUCUAUGCUACAUGUGUCCUCCUUGCAUGACUAGCUCAGUCGUGUAUAUUUUUCCUUUAUAUCUGUCUGAAUACAAGCAGUACAAUGUGUAAAGACUCAGAGAGACAGUUCCAAUCUCUCUCAUUCUGACUUCCUUCUCAGACACAGCCUGGGGCCAUGUGUUGCCUGCAAUAUAAAAUCAUAGCUCUGCUGCGUCUGCCUCACUGAGUUCACAAGAUCAAGGUCAGGCUAUGCUGAGUUUCUAUAGGGCUGAUUUGAAGGGCCAUCAGGUCUUUUGUGUGUGUGUGUUUUCUGUAAACAUUCUGGAAGGGAUGAGCAGGGAGCCCUGAAGGAUGGUCUUUGUGUGUGAAGGGCAGAGGAGAGAGGGAGGAGAGGAAGGAAAAGAGGGCAGAGGGGAGAAGGAGAGAGAGAGAGGUAGCAGGACUACAGAUGUCCUUCGAUGAACUGGAACAAAGACACUUGUGAACAUGGGGAAGACUGUGAAAGAGAGAUGAGAAAGAGAAAAUAAUAGAAGGAGAAAUUGCUAAUUUACUGUACAUCUAUGAAGAAGGGAGGGUGAUACACAGAGCCAGGAAAGGUUUUAUUAAAUCUGCACAUCUGCACAACCAGCUAAACCGCCCUGAAAUGACAGACAGUUCUUCGGUUGACAACAAAUGCAUACACAAUCAACAGAGCUGCUUUCUGUUGGUGACCUUCUAAAGGCAGAUACAUGUAAUCAUGCAUUAUUUGUUUUUCUGUUUUCUCAUCAGUGUGAUGACAUUCAUUUUCAUAUGAGGUCAGGCCUGUUGCCUGCUCAGGCAUGUGCUGACAGAUCACGGGAAACAGGCUUUGUAGCAUGGAGACACACAUACCCACACACACAUACACACUACACUACACUACACUACACUGCACAGUAAACUCAGAUGAGGUUACAGUAUGUAAUGCUCAUAACAUUUUGUUGUUGUGGGAAGGUUUCUGGUUCGUUGCAGGUUAGUUGCAAGGCUGUUUCUGCAUUAAAAGGUCUCACUGUUGAUGUCCAUCAUAAAAUCCCAGCUGCUUUAAUACUCAUCCCUGAUCCUUUCUGAUCAGGAGUCAGGAUAGGAGAGAGGUCAGUGAUUGCAUAUGGGGAGGGGGAGAUGGAGAGAGAAAUAUAGGAGAGAGAUAUAGAGAUAAUUAAAUAAAGAGGGAAAAACAGAGAAUUACAGAUUACUGGCCUCAAUCUGAACAGUGAGUUGUUGAGUUACUACACAGCACAACAGUCUGGAUUAUCUCUGAAACAGCAGAAACAGCACUCACUCAGCUGGCCUGGGCAUGAUGUCAUUGUUACAGUAUAAACAAUCAGGGCUGUUCCUUUCAACAACAUUGUUAUUCACAUGUACAGUGGGGAGAACAAGUAUUUGAUACACUGCCCAUUUUUGCAGGUUUUCCUACUUACAAAGCAUGUAGAGGUCUGUAAUUUUUAUCAUAGGUACACUUCAACUGUGAGAGACGGAAUCUAAAACAAAAAUCCAGAAAAUCACAUUGUAUGAUUUUUAAGUAACUAAUUUGCAUUUUAUUGCAUGACAUAAGUAUUUGAUCACCUACCAACCAGUAAGAAUUCCGGCUCUCACAGACCUGUUAGUUUUUCUUUAAGAAGCCCUCCUGUUCUCCACUCAAUACCUGUAUUAACUGCACCUGUUUGAACUCGUUACCUGUAUAAAAGACACCUGUCCACACACUCAAUCAAACAGACUCCCACCUCUCCACAAUGGCCAAGACCAGAGAGCUGUGUAAGGACAUCAGGGAUAAAAUUGUAGACCUGCACAAGGCUGGGAUGGGUUACAGGACAAUAGGCAAGCAGCUUGGUGAGAAGGCAUCAACUGUUGGCGCAAUUAUUAGAAAAUGGAAGAAGUUCAAGAUGACGGUCAAUCACCCUCGGUCUGGGGCUCCAUGCAAGAUCUCACCUCGUGGGGCAUCAAUGAUCAUGAGGAAGGUGAGGGAUCAGCCCAGAACUACACGCAGGACCUGGUCAAUGACCUGAAGAGAGCUGGGACCACAGUCUCAAAGAAAACCAUUAGUAACACACUACGCCGUCAUGGAUUAAAAUCCUGCAGCGCACGCAAGGUCCCCCUGCUCAAGCCAGCACAUGUCCAGGGCCAUCUGAAGUUUGCCAAUGACCAUCUGGAUGAUCCAGAGGAGGAAUGGGAGAAGGUCAUGUGGUCUGAUGAGACAAAAAUAGAGCUUUUUGGUCUAAACUCCACUCGCCGUGUUUGGAGGAAGAAGAAGGAUGAGUACAACCCCAAGAACACCAUCCCAACCGUGAAGCAUGGAGGUGGAAACAUCAUUCUUUGGGGAUGCUUUUCUGCAAAGGGGACAGGACGACUGCACCGUAUUGAGGGGAGGAUGGAUGGGGCCAUGUAUCGCGAGAUCUUGGCCAACAACCUCCUUUCCUCAGUAAGAGCAUUGAAGAUGGGUCGUGGCUGGGUCUUCCAGCAUGACAACGACCCGAAACACACAGCCAGGGCAACUAAGGAGUGGCUCCGUAAGAAGCAUCUCAAGGUCCUGGAGUGGCCUAGCCAGUCUCCAGACCUGAACCCAAUAGAAAAUCUUUGGAGGGAGCUGAAAGUCCGUAUUGCCAGCGACAGCCCCGAAACCUGAAGGAUCUGGAGAAGGUCUGUAUGGAGGAGUGGGCCAAAAUCCCUGCUGCAGUGUGUGCAAACCUGGUCAAGACCUACAGGAAACGUAUGAUCUCUGUAAUUGCAAACAAAGGUUUCUGUACCAAAUAUUAAGUUCUGCUUUUCUGAUGUAUCAAAUACUUAUGUCAUGCAAUAAAAUGCAAAUUAAUUACUUAAAAAUCAUACAAUGUGAUUUUCUGGAUUUUUGUUUUAGAUUCAGUCUCUCACAGUUGAAGUGUACCUAUGAUAAAAAUUACAGACCUCUACAUGCUUUGUAAGUAGGAAAACCUGCAAAAUCGGCAGUGUAUCAAAUACUUGUUCUCCCCACUGUAGAUGAGGUUGUUCCCUGCAUAUUCUUGGAAUAUUAUUUAUCGAUUAUUCAGACAGGACAAGCCUUUAAUUCUGAUUACAGAUGCCCUUCAUUCCUUCAACCUAAAUGUUUGUUUUUCAGCAAUCAUAGCUCUAUGUGAUGUUGUGUGAAGUCCAGAGAGGAUUUUACACUUUUCUCUGUCCAGUGGAUCAGCUCUGGAUAGGAGGGCUUACUUCUGAGGGACAAACUGGGUUUUGACCCAACAGCUUCAGACAGCUUUAUUCUCUGUCUGUUAGUUGUUUUCAUAAACUGUUUAUCUCCUGCGUACCCAAGAUAUACAAAAUCUCUCUCAUUUUCUAUCUCCAGAGUGAAUGCUCUAACUUCAUCAAGGUGUUGCAGCCAUUUAACCAGACCCAUCUGUAUGUAUGUGGAACUGGAGCCUUCCACCCUGUCUGUGCCUACCUGGAGGUGGGGAAGAAACUAGAGGUAUGCCAACCUGCAUUGUUACUAUUCACACAUUUAUUCAUCUUUGUGCCCACCCAUCGGUCUGCUUACUCCAGUAAUCUAGCUCUAGUGUUCAACUAUUUACUGACCAAUAUGACAACAUAAGCCGUGGUAGAGGGCACGUCAUGUUUCUGCUGACUGAUCCAAGCCUUGUAUGAGCUACAGCUAGAUAGCAGCGUUAAGAAAAACUCUACACUAUAAUGUGAGAUUACGGUUUUGGCUUUCGAUUUAAAAUCAUAAACCGUGCCAUGGAGGUAUUCUCUGAAUCGUAAUGAUUCACUGAUGGCCUUAGGAAAAAUGGUUUUAUUCGUUCAGUAAAUGAGGUGGAAAAUUAAACACAGAGUUCCAUCGUCCAAAAGCUCCUCAAUUCAUUCCUUUACAAUUGAAAUGCUGUGUGUAUGCCUGUGUUCUACGUCUCCUCUUCGUUAUGUCAGUGAGUCAGGCUUAUAAAUGUGUUUCCUAUUCAUUAGACUGCAGAGAAUAGAGAGGGAGAAUCUCUCUGAGAAUAGUCGUCCCCGCUCUUAACUGCCCGGCUGGGCCCACUUGUUAAAGUGACUCUAUGACAGGGGUGUCCUACCCCAGUUAUGUUUUCGCUCCAACCCCAGUUAUAACUAACCUGGUUCAGCUUAUCAAACAGCUAAUUAUUAGAAUCAGGUGUGCUAGAUUAGGGUUGGAGUGAAAACCUACAGGAUAGUAGCUCUCCAGGAACAGGGUUGGAGAACCCGGCUCUAUGAGAAUGUAAAAAAUCAAAUUCUGCAAAAAUAGAGAUACAAUGUUUUUUUCCAAGACGCCAGCAUUAUGCAUUGAUGUCAAUGGGACUUUGACCUAAAAUCUGAGUUCUAAAUUAUCUUUAUUUUGACCUAUUUCUUAUGUAACAGGACAGUGUGUUCAGGCUGGAGCCCCAGAUAGAGAACGGUCGAGGGAAAAGCCCUUAUGACCCCAAGCUGCUCACAGCAUCCAUGCUCAUUGGUGAGUGACCCCAACAAACUCACACGCUCAACUUUCUGUAUCAAGGCACUAAUUUACCCCUGAACUUUUAAACACACUUAAAGAGGAAGUUAAACCUCUUCUCUCAUCUCCACUCAUUCAUUAAGCAUAUUUACAGUUAAGAGGAAGUGGAUGAAUGACAGGGCUGGGUAUAUACAGUAUAGUGUUCAUAAUUAGGAGUACUCUACAGCGGACACCCACUCAUUUCCAAGCCUGUAAGAGUGGUAGAUGUACAGUGCAUUCGGAAAGUAUUCAGUUCCCUUGACUUUUUCCACAUUUUGUUACGUUAGAGCCUUAUUCUAAAAUGGAUUAAAUAAAAAUAAAUCCUCAUCUAUCUACACACAAUACCCCAUAAUGACAAAGCGAAAACAGGUUUUUACAAAUUUUUGCAAAUGUAUUAAAAAUAAAAAAAGAGAAAAAAAACAGAAAUAACUUAUUUACAUUAAUAUUCAGAAAGUACUGAGUGAAGGGUCUGAAUACAUAUGUAAAUAUGAUAUUACAUACAGUGAGGGAAAAAAAAUAUUUGAUCCCCUGCUGAUUUUGUAAGUUUGCCCACUGACAAAGAAAUGAUCAGUCAAUAAUUUUAAUGGUAGGUUUAUUUGAACAGUGAGAGACAGAAUAACAACAACCAAAUCCAGAAAAACGCAUGUCAAAAAUGUUAUAAAUUGAUUUGCAUUUUAAUGAGGGAAAUAGGUAUUUGACCCCCUCUCAAUCAGAAAGAUUUCUGGCUCCCAGGUGUCUUUUAUACAGGUAACGAGCUGAGAUUAGGAGCACACUCUUAAAGGGAGUGCUCCUAAUCUCAGAUUGUUACCUGUAUAAAAGACACCUGUCCACAGAAGCAAUCAAUCAAUCAGAUUCCAUACUCUCCACCACGGCCAAGACCAAAGAGCUCUCCAAGGAUGUCAGGGACAAGAUUGUAGACCUACAAGACCAUCGCCAAGCAGCUUGGUGAGGAGGUGACAACAGUUGGUGCGAUUAUUCACAAAUGGAAGAAACACAAAAGAACUGUCAAUCUCCCUCGGCCUGGGGCUCCAUGCAAGAUCUCACCUCGUGGAGUUGCAAUGAUCAUGAGAACGGUGAGGAAUCAGCCCAGAACUACACGGGAGGAUCUUGUCAAUGAUCUCAAGGCAGCUGGGACCAUAGUCACCAAGAAAACAAUUGGUAACACUAAGCCGUGAAGGACUGAAAUCCUGCAGCGCCCGCAAGGUCCCCCUGCUCAAGAAAGUACAUAUACAGGGCCGUCUGAAGUUUGCCAAUGAACAUCUGAAUGAUUCAGAGGAGAACUGGGUGAAAGUGUUGUGGUCAGAUGAGACCAAAAUCGAGCUCUUUGGCAUCAACUCAACUCGCCGUGUUUGGAGGAGGAGGAAUGCUGCCUAUGACCCCAAGAACACCAUCCCCACCGUCAAACAUGGAGGAGGAAACAUUAUGCUUUGGGGGUGUUUUUCUGCUAAGGGGACAGGACAACUUCACUGCAUCAAAGGGACGAUGGACGAGGCCAUGUACCGUCAAACCUUCCCUCAGCCAGGGCAUUGAAAAUGGGUUGUGGGUGGGUAUUCCAGCAUGACAAUGAUCCAAAACACACGGCCAAGGCAACAAAGGAGUGGCUCAAGAAGAAGCACAUUAAGGUCCUGGAGUGGCCUAGCCAGUCUCAAGACCUUAAUCCCAGAAAAAAUCUUUGGAGGGAGCUGAAGGUUUGAGUUGCCAAACGUCAGCCUCAAAACAUUAAUGACUGAGAUGUGUGCAAACCUGGUGGCCAACUACAAGAAACGUCUGACCUCUGUGAUUGCCAACAAGGGUUUUGCCACCAAGUACUAAGUCAUGUUUUGCAGAGGGGUCAAAUACUUAUUUCCCUCAUUAAAAUGCAAAUCAAUUUAUAACAUAUUUGACAUGCAUUUUUCUGGAUUUUGUUGUUGUUAUCCUGUCUCUCACUGUUCAAAUAAACCUACCAUUAAAAUUAUAGACUGAUCAUGUCUUUGUCAGUGGGCAAACGUACAAAAUCAGCAGGGGAUCAAAUACUUUUUUUCCUCACUGUAUACAGUUGAAGUCGGAAGUUUACAUACACCUUAGCCAAACAUAACGAUGGUCAUUAUGGCCAAACAGUUCUAUUUUUGUUUCAUCAGACCAGAGGACAUUUCUCCAAAAAGUACGAUCUUGGUCCCCAUGUGCAGUUGCAAACCAUAGUCUGGCUUUUUUAUGGUGGUUUUGGAGCAGUGGCUUCUUCCUUGCUGAGCAACCGUUCAGGUUCUGUCGAUAUAGGACUUGUUUUACUGUAGAUACUUUUGUACCUGUCUCCUCUAGCAUCUUCACAAGGUCCUUUGCUGUUGUUCUGGGAUUGAUUUGCUCUUUUCGCACCAAAGUACGUUCAUCUCUAGAUAGCAGGAAACAUCGCCUUCCUGAGUGGUAGGAUGGCUGCGUGCACCCGUGGUGUUUAUACUUGCGUACAAUUGUUUGUACAGAUGAACGUGGUUCCUUCAGCCGUUUGGAAAUUGCUUUCAAGGAUGAGCCAGACUUGUGGAGGUCUACUAUUUUUAUUAGCUGAUUUCUUUUGAUUUUUCCAUGAUGUCAAGCAAAGAGGCACUGAGUUUGAAGGUAGGUCUUGAAAUACAUCCAAUUGACUAAAAUGAUGUCAAUUAGCCUAUCAGAAGCUUCUAAAGCCAUGGCAUCAUUUUCUGGAAUUUUCCAAGCUGUUUAAAGGCACAGUCAAUUUAGUGUAUGUAAACUUCUGACCCACUGGAAUUGUGAUACAGUAAAUUAUAAGUGAAAUAAUCUGUCUGUAAACAAUUGUUGGAAAAAUUUAUUGUGUCAUGCACAAAGUAGAUGUCCUAACCGACUUGCCACAACUAUAGUUUUCUAAAAAGAAAUUUGUGGAGUGGUUGAAAAACGAUUUUUAAUGACUCCAACCUGAGUGUAUGUAAACUUCCGACUUCAACUGUAUAUAUACAGUGGUGGAAAAAAGUAUUUAGUCAGCCCCAAAUUGUGCAAGUUCUCCCACUUAAAAAGAUGAGAGAGGCCUGUAAUUUUCAUCAUAGGUACACGUCAACUAUGACAGACAAAUUGAGAAUAUUUUUUCCAGAAAAUCACAUUGUAGGAUUUUUUAUGAAUUUAUUUGCAAAUUAUUGUGGAAAAUAAGUAUUUGGUCACCUACAAACAAGCAAGAUUUCUGGCUCUCACAGACCUGUAACUUCUUCUUUAAGAGGCUCCUCUGUCCUCCACUCAUUACCUGUAUUAAUGGCACCUGUUUGAACUUGUUAUCAGUAUAAAAGACACCUGUCCACAACCUCAAACAGUCACACUCCAAACUCCACUAUGGCCAAGACCAAAGAGCUGUCAAAGGACACCAGAAACAAUAUUGUAGACCAGCACCAGGCUGGGAAGACUGAAUCUGCAAUAGGUAAGCAGCUUGGUUUGAAGAAAUCAUCUGUGGGAGCAAUUAUUAGGAAAUGGAAGACAUACAAGACCAAUGAUAAUCUCCCUCGAUCUGGGGCUCCACGCAAGAUCUCACCCUGUGGGGUCAAAAUGAUCACAAGAACGGUUAGCAAAAAUCCCAGAACCACACGGGGGGACCUAGUGAAUGACCUGCAGAGAGUUGGGACCAAAGUAACAAAGCCUACCAUCAGUAACACACUACGCCGCCAGGGACUCAAAUCCUGCAGUGCCAGACGUGUCCCCCUGCUUAAGCCAGUACAUGUCCAGGCCCGUCUGAAGUAUGCUAGAGUGCAUUUGGAUGAUCCAGAAGAGGAUUGGGAGAAUGUCAUAUGGUCAGAUGAAACCAAAAUAUAACUUUUUGGUAAAAACUCAACUCGUCAUGUUUGGAGGACAAAGAAUGCUGAGUUGCAUCCAAAGAACACCAUACCUACUGUGAAGCAUGGGGGUGGAAACAUCAUGCUUUGGGGCUGUUUUUCUGCAAAGGGACCAGGACGACUGAUCCGUGUAAAGGAAAGAAUGAAUGGGGCCAUGUAUCGUGAGAUUUUGAGUGAAAACCUCCUUCCAUCAGCAAGGGCAUUGAAGAUGAAACGUGGCUGAGUCUUUCAGCAUGACAAUGAUCCCAAACACACCGCCCGGGCAACGAAGGAGUGGCUACAUAAGAAGCAUUUCAAGGUCCUGGAGUGGCCUAGCCAGUCUCCAGAUCUCAACCCCAUAGAAAAUCUUUGGAGGGAGUUGAAAGUCCGUGUUGAACAGCGACAGCCCCAAAACAUCACUGCUCUAGAGGAGAUCUGCAUGGAGGAAUGGGCCAAAAUACCAGCAACAGUGUGUGAAAACCUUGUGAAGACUUACAGAAAACGUUUGACCUGUGUCAUUGCCAACAAAGGGUAUAUAACAAAGUAUUGAGAAACUUUUGUUAUUGACCAAAUACUUAUUUUCCACCAUAAUUUGCAAAUAAAUUCAUAAAAAAUCCUACAAUGUGAUUUUCAGGAUUUUUUUCUUAUUAUUUUGUCUGUCAUAGUUGAAGUGUACCUAUGAUGAAAAUUACAGGCCUCUCUCAUCUUUUUAAGUGGGAGAACUUGCACAAUUGGUUGCUGACUAAAUACUUUUUCUCAAAAAAAUAAAGGGAACACUUAAACAACACAAUUUAACUCCAAGUCAAUCACACUUCUGUGAAAUCAAACUGUCCACUUAGGAAGCAACACUGAUUGACAAAAAAUGUAACAUGCUGUUGUGCAAAUGGAAUAGACAACACGUGGAAAUUAUAGGCAAUUAGCAAGACACCCCCAAUAAAGGACUGGUUUUGCAGGUGGUGACCACAGACCACUUCUCAGUUCCUAUGCUUCCUGGCUUAUGUUUUGGUCACUUUUGAAUGCUGGCGUUGCUUUCACUCUAGUGGUAGCAUGAGACGGAGUCUACAACCCACACAAGUGGCUCAGGUAGUGCAGCUCAUCCAGCUCAUGUGCUUACAGCCCAACACCGUGCAGGACGUUUGGCAUUUGCCAGAGAACCCCAAGAUUGGCAAAUUUGCCACUGGCGCCCUGUGUUCUUCACAGAUGAAAGCAGGUUCACACUGAGCACAUGUGACAGAUGUCUGGAGACGCCGUGGAGAACAUUCUGCUGCCUGCAACAUCCUCCAGCAUGACCGGUUUGGCGGUGGGUCAGUCAUGGUGUGGGGUGGCAUUUAUUUGGGGGGACGCACAGCCCUCCAUGUGCUCGCCAGAGGUAGCCUGACUGCCAUUAGGUACCGAGAUGAGAUCCUCAGACCUCUUGUGAGACCAUAUGCUGGUGCGGUUGGCCCUGGGUUCCUCCUAAUGCAAGACAAUGCUAGACCUCAUGUGGCUGGAGUGUGUCAGCAGUUCCUGCAAGAGGAAGGCAUUGAUGCUAUGGACUGGCCCGCCCGUUCCCCAGACCUGAAUCCAAUUGAGCACAUCUGGGACAUCAUGUCUCGCUCCAUCCACCAACGCCACGUUGCACCACAGACUGUCCAGGAGUUGGCGGAUGCUUUAGUCCAGGUCUGGGAGGAGAUCCCUCAGGAGACCAUCCGCCACCUCAUCAGGAGCUUGCCAGGCGUUGUAGGGAGGUCAUACAGGCACGUGGAGGCCACACACACUACUGAGCCUCAUUUUGACUUGUUUUAAUGACAUUACAUCAAAGUUGGAUCAGCCUGUAGUGUGGUUUUCCACUUUAAUGUUGAGGGUGACUCCAAAUCCAGACCUCCAUGGGUUGAUAAAUUUGAUUUCCAUUGAUAAUUUUUGUGUGAUUUUGUUGUCAGCACAUUCAACUAUGUAAUGAAAAAAGUAUUUAAUAAGAUUAUUUCAUUCAUUCAGAUCUAGGAUGUGUUAUUUUAGUGUUCCCUUAAUUUUUUGGAGCAGUGUAUAUAUUUUUUUGUGCAACAUCAAAAAAAAAAUACGGUUUUUACUUUGUCAUUAUGGGGUAUUGUGUGUAGAUUGAUGAGCGGGGGAAAAAACUAUUGAAUAAAUGUUAGAAUAAGGCUGUAACGUAACAAAAUGUGAAAGUCAAGGGGUCUGAAUACUUUCUGAAUGCACUGUGUGUGUGUGUGUGUGUGUGUGUGUGUGUGUGUGUGUGUGUGUGUGUGUGUGUGUGUGUGUGUGUGUGUGUGUGUGUGCGUGUACGUGUCAGCUUCAUUUCUUCAACAUGUUCAUCACCAGGACCAGUCAUACUAUAUGACAUCACACCACCCCAACCAACAGAUGGUCAUUUUCCAGCCCAUGACCCCUUUAUCUCUCUCUCCUCUUUCUCCUCUCACCUGUCUGCCUCCUCUCUCUCUCUCCUCUCACCCCUGUCUCCCUCCUCCUCUCACCCCUGUCUCCCCUCCUCCUCCUCCUCUCUCCUCAUUCUCCUCUCACCCCUGUCUCCCUCCUCCUCUCUCUCUCCUAAUUCUCCUCUCACCCCUGUCACCCUCCUCCUCUCUCUCUCCUCAUUCUCCUCUCACCCCUGUCUCCCUCCUCCUCUCUCUCUCCUCAUUAUCCUCUCACCCGUGUCUCCCCUACUCCUCUCUCUCUCCCCUCUCUCCUUUCAUGCCCUCUUCAUGCAGCCAGCUACCUGGCCCUCUGAGUCUCUUCCUGUUAAAUCAGGCUUUCACACCCACUUGUUCUGGUUCAUUAAAUGGUAGAUGAAGGUGUUCCUUGUGACAACACAUUCUACCUGUAUUUUUAAGCCUGCAGGCACCAUAGUGUACCUGCUAGACUAAUACAGACGCUUGACACCUGUACAUGAAAGGUUAUUAGACACACACUCACACUCACACACAAACACUCAUAUGCAUGCACUGACACUUGCACACGCAUACAAACACGUAACGCAGCGUACAUGCACACAUACACAGGCACAGGCACAGGCACACGCACACACACACACCUGAUAUUGUCCUCCUCCUCUGUCCUCCAGAUGGCGAACUGUAUUCUGGAACAUCAGCUGACUUCAUGGGGCGGGACUUUGCCAUUUUCCGUACUCUGGGACAGCAUCACCCAAUCAGAACAGAGCAACACGACUCCCGCUGGCUGAACGGUGAGAUGGAGAUAAAGAGCAUUCUCAGUUCUAAUGAUCUCAGUUCAUUGAACUACACUUGCAUGAUGAGUAACUUUGCUUGAGUCUUGAAGACUUAUGUUAGCUCCGCAAGCCGAUGCCUUUAGCUCAGCUAGCUAAAAGUCUGUUGGCAUGCAGACGAGCCGGAUUAAAACCAUCUUAAUUUGAGACAGAAAGUGUCUCAAAGACGGAAUCUAAAAACACGAACAGACAGAAGCUGUGACAGUAAGUUGUUCUCAGAGUAAGAUAACAAAGGAGACAUACAGAGAAGACCGUGGAGAACUAUUGUUAAGUGUUAAAUCCUCUGUGUGAUUGACAUGACUGCAGAGAGGGCGUGGUAGCAGACACAGUAUGUUAAGGAUUUUACUGGGGAAGACCUCACGGAUUCCCUAUUUCAUUAUUUGUUAAAUUAUUUCUUUUUUUGUGUAGACCCCAGGUUUGUGAGUGUCCAUCUGAUCCCAGAGAGUGACAACCAAGAGGAUGACAAGAUCUACCUGUUCUUCAGAGAGAAUGCUAUGGAUGGGGAACACGCAGGGAAGGCUACACAAGCACGCAUCGGACAGCUCUGCAAGGUGCACACACAAACACACUCGGACACCUUAGACUGAAACAGCUUCCUCUAUCUCUAACAGAGUAAAUGAGUGACAGCGUGUUUUCCAUAAUGGAUGCUUUCAUAACUAGGUAUCUCUCUCCUCUCAGGUUAUAUUUAGCUGUGAGGUUUGUUGUGUUAGUGGCUCUCCUCUUACUGAGGGAAACCUGAGAGGGAGAGGUGGUUAAUAAAUGACACUAGCGCCAGAGAGAAAGAAAGAGAGCACAUAACAAUGGUGGUACUGUUAGGAUAAUGUCUGGUAUUGGCACAGACUAGUGUCUCUUCAGCCACCAUGUAGCAUACACACGCACACCCUCCCCCCUCCCAGGCUGAUCUCUCAGUAUGUGAGAAAUUUGCUCUUCUCUACUCAACACAAUCCAUUCAUUAUACAGGAUGUCAGCCUUAAUAGACAGUAAUAAAUCACUGUGAAUCUGGGUGUGGAUGUGUUUAUUUUCUCACACUGGGAGCCUGUAUUGUGUCGACGUGUCCAGAAAAACAAACACGCAAAUGCAGACUAAAGUCACUUUUGUUUUGAUAAAGUAAUAUAAGAAUCUGUAAGACAGCUCCAUUAAGCCGUUGUUGUCUGUUCAGGUGUCAAUCAUAGUUAUAAAAUGCAGUAUUGUAGUAUUGUUUUGUAGGGGGAUGUAGUAAAUCUUUGAGAGGUUCAUUCUGGACUCUGGUAUUUCCUCUAUCAGAAUGACUUUGGAGGCCACAGGAGUCUUGUGAAUAAGUGGACCACGUUCCUGAAGGCCAGACUGGUCUGUUCUGUACCUGGACUCAACGGCAUAGACACACACUUUGACGAACUUCGUGAGUGUUUAACUACUACUGUGUAUGUGUUGUAUUCUAUGUCGUGUGUGUGUCUGUGUGGGUAUGGCUGGCCAUGCUUUCUACUUGGCUACCCCUCACCCGGCCACCAGCUCUGCAGCCUCCGCUGCAACUUGCCCAUGCCCCCCCUGCUUCUCCUUCACCCAAAUUCAGACAGCUGAUGUUCUAAAAGAGCUGCAAAAUCUGAACCCCUACAAAUCAGCUGGGCUAGACAAUCUGGACCCUUUCUUUCUAAAAUUAGCUGCCGAAAUUGUCGCAACCCCUAUUACUAGCCUGUUCAACCUCUCAUAUCAUCUGAGAUCCCCAGAGAUUGGAAAGCUGCCACGGUCAUCCCUCUCUUCAAAGGGGUUGACACUCUAGAUUCAAACUGUUACAGACCUAUAUCCAUCCCGUCCUGCCUUUCGAAAGUAUUUGAAAGCCAAGUUAAAAAACAGAUCACCGACCAUUUUGAAUUCCACCGUACCUUCUCCGCUAUGCAAUCUGGUUUCCGAGCUGGUCAUGGGUGCACCUCAGCCACGCUCAAAGUCCAAAACUAUAUUAUAAUAUAUAUCGAUAAAAGACAGUACUGUGCAGCCGUCUUCAUCGACCUGGCCAAGGCUUUCGACUCUAUCAAUCACCGCAUACUUCUUGGCAGACUAAAUAGCCUUGGUUUCUCAAAUGACUGCCUCACCUGGUUCACCAACUACUUCUCAGAUAGAGUUCAAUGUGUCAAAUCGGAGGGCCUGUUGUCUGGACCUCUGGCAGUCUCUAUGGAGGUGCCACAGGGUUCAAUUCUCGGGCCGACUCUAUUCUCUGUGUAUCUCAAUGAUGUCGCUCUUGCUGCUGGUGACUCUCAGAUCCACUUAUACGCAGACGACACCAUUUUGUAUACAUCUGGCCCUUCAUUGGACACUGUGUUAACAAACCUCCAAACGAGCUUCAAUGCCAUACAACACUCCUUCUGUAGCCUCCAACUGCUAGUAAAACUAAAUGCAUGCUCUUCAAUCAAACGCUGCUUGCACCCGCCCGCCCGACUAGAAUCACUACUCUCGGCAGGUCUGACUUAGAAUAUGUGGACAACUACAAAUAUCUAGGUGUCUGGUUAGACCGUAAACUCUCCUUCCAGACUCACAUUAAGCAUCUCCAAUCCAAAGUUCAAUCUAAAAUCGGCUUCCUAUUUCGCAACAAAGCCUCCUUCACUCAUGCUGCCAAACAUGCCCUCGUAAAACGGACUAUCCUACCGAACCUUGACUUCGGCGAUGUCAUUUAUAAAAUAGACUCCAACACUCAACUCAGCAAAUUGGAUGUAUUCUAUCACAGUGCCAUCCAUUUUGUCCAUUUCGUCUCCCGAGUGGCGCAGUGGUCUAAGGCACUGCAUCGCAGUGCUAGCUGUGCCACUAGAGAUCCUGGUUCGAAUCCAGGCUCUGUCGUAGCCGGCCGCGACCGGGAGACCCAUUGGGCGGCGCACAAUUGGCUCAGCGUCGUCCAGGGUAGGGGAGGGAAUGACCGGCAGGGAUGUAGCUCAGUUGGUAGAGCAUGGCGUUUGCAACGCCAGGGAUGUGGGUUUGAUUCCCAUGGGGGGCCAGUAUAAAAAAUUAUGUAUGCACUCACUAACUGUAAGUCGCUCUGGAUAAGAGCGUCUGCUAAAUGACUAAAAUGUAAAUGUAAAUGUAAAAUGUCACCAAAGCCCCAUAUACUACCCACCAUUGUGACCUGUACGCUCUCGUUGGCUGGACCUCACUACAUAUUUGUCGCCAAACCCACUGGCUCCAGGUCAUCUAUAAAUCACUGCUAGGCAAAUCCCUGCCUUACCUGAGCUCAUUGGUCACCAUAGCAACACCCACCCGUAGUAUGCGCUCCAGCAGGUACAGUUGAAGUCAGAAGAUUACAUACACUUAGGUUGGAGUCAAUAAAACUUGUCUUUCAACCACGCCACAAAUUUCUUGUUAACAAACUAUAGUUUUGGCAAGUCGGUUAGGACAUCUACCUUGUGCAUGACACAAGUAAUUUUUCCAACAAUUGUUUACAGACAGAUUAUUUCACAUAUAAUUCACUUCCAGUGGGUCAGAAGUUUACAUACAUUAAGUUGACUGUGCCUUUAAAGAGCUUGGAAAAUUCCAGAAAAUGAUGCCAUGGCUUUUGAAGCUUCUGAUAGGCUAAUUGACAUCAUUUGAGUCAAUUGGAGGUGUACCGGUGGAUGUAUAUCAAGGCCUACCUUCAAACUCAGUGCCUCUUUGCAUGACAUCAUGGGAAAAUCAAAAGAAAUCAGCCUUGAUCUAAAAAAAAAUAAUAUUGUAGACCUCCACAAGUCUGGUUCAUCCUUGGGAGCAAUUCCCAAACGCCUGAAGGUACCACGUUCAUCUGUACAAACAAUAGCCAUGUUCUGUCUCCUACAGAUAAACGUACUUUGGUGCAAAAAGUGCAAAUGAAUCCCAGAACAACAGCAAAGGACCUUGUGAAGAUGCUGGAGGAAACAGGUACAAAAGUAUCUAUAUCCUCAGUAAAACGAGUCCUAUAUUGACAUAACCUGAAAGGCCGCUCAGCAAGGAAGAAGCCACUGCUCCAAAACAGCCUAAAAAAAGCCAGACUACGGUUUGCAACGGCACAUGGGGACAAGAUCGUACUUUUUGGAGCAAUGUCCUCUGGUCUGAUGAAACAAAAAUAGAACUGAUUGGCCAUAUUGACCAUCGGUAUGUUUGAAGGAAAAAGGGGGUACUUGCAAGCCGAAGAUCACCAUCCCAACCGUGAAGCACGGGGGUGGCAGCAUAAUGCUGUGGGGGUGCUUUGUUGCAGGAGGGACUGGUGCACUUCACAAAAUAGAUGGCAUCAUGAGGAAGGAAACUUAUAUGGAUAUAUUGAAGCAACAUCUCAAGACAUCAGUCAGGAAGUUAAAGCUUGGUAGUAAAUGGGUCUUCCAAAUGGACAAUGACCCCAAGCAUACCCCAAGCAAGUUGUGGCAAAAUGGCUUAAGGACAACAAAAUCAAGGUAUUGGAGUGGCCAUUACAAAGCCCUGACCUCAAUCCUAUAUAACAUUUGUGGGCAGAACUGAAAAAGUAUGUGCGAGCAAGGAGGCCUAUGAACCUGACUCAGUUACACCAGCUCUGUCAGGAGGAAUGGGCCAAAAUUCACCCAACUUAUUGUGGAAGCUUGUUGAAGGCUACACGAAACGUUUGACCUAAGUUAAACAAUUUAAAGACAAUGCUACCAAAUACUAAUUGAGUGUAUGUAAACAUCUGACCCACUGGGAAUGUGAUGAAAGAAAUAAAAGCUUAAAUAAAUCAUUCUCUCUACUAUUAUUCUGACAUUUCACAUUCUUAAAAUAAAGUGGUGAGCCUAACUGACCUAAGACAGGGAAUUUUUACUAGGACUAAAUGUCAGGAAUUGUGAAAAACUUAGUUUAAAUGUAUUUGGCUAAGGUGUGUGUAAACUUCAGAUUUCAACUGUAUAUCUCACUAGUCAUCCCCAAAGCCAACACCUCCUUUGGCCGCCAUUCCUUCCAGUUCUCUGCUGACAAUGACUGGAACGAACUGCAAAAAUCUCUGAAGCUGGAGACUCUUAUCUCCCUCACUAACUUUAAGCAUCAGUUGUCAGAGCAGUUUACCGAUCACUGCACCUGUACACAGCCCAUCUGUAAUUAGCCCACCCAUCUACCUAAUCCCCAUAUUGUUGUCUUCUGCACAUCUAUCACUCCAGUGACCUCCAUAACUUACUACAUUUGCACACACUGUAUAUAGAUUUUCUGUUGUGUUAUUGACUCUACGUUUUGUUUAUUCCAUAUGUACCUCUGUGUUGUUGUUUUUUUUAUCGCACUGCUUUGCUUUAUCUUGGCCAGGUCGCAGUUGUAAAUGAGAACUUGUUCUCAACUGGCUUACCUGGUUAAAUAAAGGUGAUAUAAAAAAAAGAAAAAAAAAGAGGGGCUGUGGUGUGUGUGGAUAUGUUUUGGGGAAACAAAAUCAUCUACUGUAUAUGUUUAAUGCUACUGUAUUGUGUUUUGUUCUCGAGGCUAACACUUCAAGAUUGUUUUUGUUCUCAGAGGAUGUGGUUCUGAUGAGCUCUAAGGAUCCCAAGAACCCCAUUAUCUAUGCAGUGUUCACUACAUCCAGGUACGUACACCUGUCACUCACCUGUUUAAACUCCCAUUGGAGGUGUAUGGAUCCUGACGAAGAUUUUUGCAUAAGAUGUGUGUAUCUAACUGAUGAACCUCUAUCUCUCUCGCUACCUCAGUAACAUCUUCAAGGGUUCAGCAGUGUGUCUGUACAGCAUGGCAGACAUCAGAAGGGUUUUUCUCGGUCCCUAUGCCCACAGAGACGGCCCUAACUACCAGUGGGUUCCUUUCCAGGGACGGGUACCAUACCCACGGCCCGGAACGGUAAGGGCAUGACGGGGUUUGUGGGUGGGGGAGGGGGAGGGGCACACUUUACUUGAAGGGGCUAUACAUAAAGCAUUUACAACACUUUUAUAAGUACAGUAUUGCAAACUAGUGGAUGAAAUUGGACAUGAAAGUAAGUAUCCACAUUGUAAUGGGUAUAUAUGAAUCCACAGUGCCCCAGCAAGACGUUCGGUGGAUUUGAUUCGACAAAGGACUUGCCUGAUGAUGUCAUAACAUUUGCGAGAGGUCACCCGGCGAUGUUUAACCCCGUCUACCCCAUCAACAACCGACCAAUCAUAGUCAAGACGGACACAGACUACCAGUUCACACAGAUAGUGGUGGACAGAGUGGAGGCUGAGGACGGACAGUAUGACGUCAUGUUCAUAGGCACAGGUACACACAUACACAUACACACAAUUGCUCGCACGCACACGUAAACACAUGCACACACACACACACACACACACACACACACACACACACACAGUAAUGUAAUGUGUGUAUGUUGUCUAUGUGUUGUAGAUAUGGGUACAGUGCUGAAGGUGGUGUCCAUCCCCAGAGGGUCCUGGCAUGACCUGGAGGAGGUUCUACUGGAGGAGAUGACUGUGUUCAGGGUAGGUUACACCUACUGAUAUAGUAUACAGGACAAGACAACUACAGCUACAUGUACAGUACAUUAGCACAUACUUAUUACUCAUACAGCUAAGGUAUGAUGAUAACCAAAACAUAUGGUUUAACACAAUAUGGGUUUGUAACAUUUUUCAUGUGUUUUCUCCCAGGAACAAACUGCUAUUACAGCGAUGGAACUCUCUACGAAGCAGGUAGCUAAUGCUGAUCAUAUUCCUCAUGACAUUAGCAGGACAGAAAAGGAUGUCAUAUCUAUGGGAAAACAAACAAGGCAGUCCUACAUUGCAGAACCAUGGCCUUAGUUAAGCUACAAAUCAAAUGUUAUUUGUCACAUGCUUCGUAAACAACAGGUGUACAGAUCCAGCCUCUAAAUAGUAAUACAUAAUCUUUCUGACAUACAGAGUCAGCUACAUUCAAACGUAAUGAAGUAGUAGUGUUUCUCACUAGUAGUCAGCUUUCAUCAACACCAACUAGUGUUCAACACGCUAACUCGCACACUGAGCUGCAAAAGAGAGGGACACUACCAUAGAAGAACUGAAUGAAAUCUAUGCUAUUCACAGAAUUGCAUUGUAUUCCUAAUACAGACUUGAUUUGUCCUGUCAAUGUCAUGGGUGACACACCUAGCCUGAGGGCUGUAUAGGGACAAAAGAUACACUCUUUAUAAGAUGUUAACACGAUGCUGACUGUCUAAGACAGAUGUCUAUUGUUAGGAUGUCAACCAACUGGUCCCUAAUAUGUAGGAAGGAAGAAAACUCUAUUAGUGUGCUAUAGAAGGUGCCAUACACCAAUAAUAAUAUGAUGUGGUCUUUCUUUUACUGUGAAACACUACGGGGCUCUGAGAAAAUUUAGAAACCACUAUGCAUAACAUAUAAAUAAUGCAUCAAUUUGAUCAGGUAUUUAGAAUAUUUCCUCUCUGUUUCCACAGCAACAGUUGUACCUCGGCUCAGAGCUGGGUGUAUCCCAGAUGCCUUUGCAUCGCUGUGAGGUGUACGGGAAGGCCUGUGCUGAGUGCUGUCUGGCUAGAGACCCUUACUGUGCCUGGGAUGGGACAGAGUGCUCACGAUACUUUCCCAUGGCAAAGAGGUAUGCUCACACGCACACACACUCAUUGCAUAGUGAACGUUCAAGCAUUGUUAUUCUCAUUCAAAGACUGCACAUAAUGGGUACAUUAUUAAGUAGAGAAAAUCUGAUCAGAGGGAUUGUUCAUAUCCAGAGAUUAUAUACAGUAUGUCGGCUAGGUGUUUCUGUAGAGGUGGGUCUGAUAAUGAAUAGAGCAGGCCUUGUGUUGGAGCCAGAAAGCCCUGAAGGUAGCCAGGUCACAUUUCUCACUCAAACACAGAAAAAUAACCUGAACUUUGUUUACUGGCAAUGAGAACCAAUGUCAGUCAUACCUGCAGGCAGAAUGUCUGGGUGAAUGCAGGGUGAAAUAAAGUGUUAAAGGUUCUAGCUGUGUAUAGGAGGAGGGUGUGUGUGUGUGUGUGUGUGUGUGUGUGUGUGCCUCCCACCCACUCAUAAAGUCUCCACUGGGUUAUUGAUUUGAGCUCUAGCCUGAAGGUCUCAUAUUUCUACAUCUUUUAGACUCUGAAUACUCUCAUACUCUCUGAGAAAACAGCCCUGUAGUGAAGAGAUUUUCUGUGAGAGAAGACACUUCGUCUUUCUCAAUGAAUAAAUCUCUGUUUUGUUUCUCACUCUGGAUAUUCCAUUGUUUAUUCCGUCAUUAUCCUUGGCUGAGUAUCCUUGGCUGAGGGUGACUGUGUGAGUCAGGCUGUGUAGCAUAGUUAGAGUGAGUGAUUGAUUGAUUAGGUCUGAAUUCCUCAGUCUCAGCCACCCUGUAAUUAUAACUAAGUAUGUGGUCUACAGUGGUAUGAAGCUCACUGGUGUUAGUUUAUCAGCCCGGCUCACAACCACCAGCACAGCACAUCCAAAAUCACAAACAUGCACGUGCACACUCACAAACUGACUGUUGACAUGUGUGUUUUUGCAGGAGGACAAGGAGACAGGACAUCAGGAAUGGAGACCCUUUAACCCAGUGUUCAGAUCUGCAGCAUCAUGGUAUGUAUUCACAAAUAAACCUCAUCAUGCAGUAUUCCUCUCUUCCCUUCACAUUAUAAUGGUGCUGAGUUCAUGUAGUGUUCACACUAUUAUUUGUGUGUGUGUCCCUGUAGAUAACCUGAAUGGGCAGCCCACGGUGCUGGAUAAGAAAGUGUAUGGAGUGGAGAACAGCAGUACGUUCCUGGAGUGUAGCGCCAAGUCCCAGAGAGCACUCACCUACUGGCAGUACCAACAAGCCAACGACGACAGGAGACAAGACGUAUGAAACCUGCUUUCACAAAUCCUUAGACAUACUGUAGAACUCCAGAUAGCGUUUAAAUCAUGAUUUCCAUAAAUUAGUGAAAUACUGAUCCAGCACAUCAUACAUAUUUCUGUAUUACUAUAGAUACUAGAUCCUGUACUGUGACUAAGUAAACAAUACUAAAAAUAAUGGAUAUGAAAUGUAGUGCUGUUUAUCUUAGUAUGUAAAGUAAAACCAAGUCAAGUGAAGUAAUCAUUGUAUUAUUCCUCUCUGUGCAGAUCAAAGCAGAUGAUCGUUUUGUACGUACGGAGCUGGGCCUGCUGAUCCGCACGUUGGACAAGAAGGAUUCGGGGACGUAUGUGUGCCAGGCAGUAGAACACGGCUUCAUGCAGAUGCUCCUAAAGGUCACCCUGGAAGUCAUCGACACUGAACGCCUCGACGAUCUCAUUCACCGUGAUGACGAAGAAGCCGCACACACCGCUACCACACACACCACCGCCCGGGACACACCCACAGCCCGGGAACCGCACAAUCAGAAGCUUUGGUACCGUGAUUUCCUGUCGUUAGUGAACCACCCGACCCUGAACAGCGUGGAUGAGUUCUGUGAGCAAGUGUGGAAGAGGGAGAGGAAGCAGAGGAGGCAGAAAGCAAACCUAGCCCAACAGGUCCAGCAACAUCCGCUACACCAGCAGCAGCAACAGCAGCAGCAGCAGGGCCUCGUGCACGCUCACACCCACGUGCACACCCACGGCCUGGCGGCCAAGUGGAAACACCUGCAGGAGAGGCAAAAGGGCCGCAACCGCCGGACCCACGAACUGGAGAGAGCCCCCCGCAGCGUCUGACCUCUCACCCACUGAAUCCCAUGACCCUCCAACCCUCAACCCACGUACCCUGUCCUCGUCCAUGAACACCCUCCGAACAUCCUCCCCUGCCUCCUCUGCCCCAUACAGAGAUAAAGACUCAUUCCACACAGACUUUGUACAGAAAAUCUCAACUGGAAACAAAGGCAAUAUCCCACCCUGGUCGGUGUGUGUAGGCUGCGUGGGCACCCAUGUUUACACAGGGACACAGGAUGUUACAGGACACCAGAUGAUACAGUACUAUUAUAUUACAUUAUCUCAGCUGGCCUCUGUGGCCCCAGCACCAUGGAGGGACAGUGUCAACCAACAUGAGGACUGGACUUCAUGUAGUCACAUGCUCUCUCUACUAUUGAAUAACCUAUUGAAAACAUGUCUCUGUCUCCACAAUUGUGUAGCUUUGUAUGUCUCAUCGUUGUUGUCCACCCAUAUAUAGUAGGUAGCUUCUCCUAACAACCACUAUCUUGGAACAAGGGAUGAUAGUGUUUGAUGACAUUAUUGCGCAGAGAUGGACCUUGUGUGUAUCACAAGGACAAUUAUAAUAUACAGGUCAUGUAAAGCACAACGGUUUGAUGUUGAGAAGAUUCUAUUAGAUAUGAAGAGUUCUGAGGAGAGAGGAGGAUGCCCAAGCACUGCAAGAAACUUCACAGAGUAGCCAUGGAUUUGUAACUAAUGUUGUUAUUCUAACUUAAAUUCGACAUGUAAAUAUGCUUUGAUGCGCCCUUUUACUAAAGGGAAUGGUUUGCGGUUUUCUUGUUACAUGUACAGUUGAAGUCGGAAGUUUACAUACACCUUAGCCAAAUACAUUUAAACUCAGUUUUUCACAAUUCCUAACACAUAAUCCUAGUAAAGAUUCCAUGUCUUAGGUCAGUUAGGAUCACCUCUUUAUUUUAAGAAUGUGAAAUGUCAGAAUAAUAGUAGUAGCAUUUAUUUCUUUCAUCACAUUUCCAGUUGGUCAGAAGUUUAUAUACACUCAAUUAGUAUUUGGUAGCAUUGCUUUUAAAUUGCUUAACCUGGGUCAAACGUUUCGGGGAGUCUUCCACAAGCUUCCCACAAUAAGUUGGGUGAAUUUUGGCCUGGUGUAACUGAGUCAGGUUUGUAGGCCUCCUUGCUCGCACAUGCUUUUUCAGUUCUGCCCACACAUUUUCUACAGGAUUGAGAUCAGGGCUUUGUGAUGGCCACUCCAAUACCUUGACUUUGUUGUCCUUAAGCCAUUUUGCCACAACUUUUGGAAGUAUGCUUGGGGUCAUUGUCCAUUUGGAAGACCCAUUUGCGACCAAGCUUUAACUUCCUGACUGAUGUCUUGAGAUGUUGCUUCAAUAUAUCCACCUAAUUUUCCUUCCUCAUGAUGCCAUCUAUUUUGUGAAGUGCACCAGUCCCUCCUGCAGCAAAGCACCCGCACAGCAUGAUGCUGCCACCCCGUGCUUCACGGUUGGGAUGGUGUUCUUCAGCUUGCAAGCGUCCACCUUUUUCCUCCAAACAUAACGAUGGUCAAUAUGGCCAAACAGUUAUAUUUUUGUUUCAUCAGACCAGAGGACAUUUCUCCAAAAAGUACGAUCUUUGUACCCAUGUGCAGUUGCAAACCAUAGUCUGGCUUUUUUAUGGCAGUUUUGGAGCAGUGGCUUCUUCCUUGCUGAGCGGCCUGUCAGGUUAUGUCGAUAUAGGACUCGUUUUACUGUGGAUAUAGAUACUUUUGUACCUGUUUCCUCCAACAUCUUCACAAGGUCAUUUGCUGUUGUUCUGGGAUUGAUUUGCACUUUUCGCACCAAAGUACGUUCAUCUCUAGGAGGUGGAACGCGUCUCCUUCCUGAGUGGUAUGACGGCUGCGUGGUCCCAUGGUGUUUAUACUUGCGUACUAUUGUUUGUACAGAUGAAUGUGGUACCUUCAGGCAUUUGGAAAUUGCUCCCAAGGAUGAACCAGACUUGUGGAGGUCUACAAUUUUUUUUCUGAGGUCUUGGCUGAUUUCUUUUGAUUUUCCCAUGAUGACAUGCAAAGAGGCACUGAGUUUGAAGGUAGGCCUUGAAAUACAUCCACAGGUACACCUCCAAUUGACUCAAAUGAUGUCAAUUAGCCUAUCAGAAGCUUCUAAAGCCAUGACAUCAUUUUCUGGAAUUUUCCAAGUUGUUUAAAGGCACAGUCAACAUAGUGUAUGUAAACUUCUGACCCACUGGAAUUGUGAUACAGUGAAUUAUAAGUGUAAUAAUCUGUUUGUAAACAAUUGUUGGAAAAAUUACUUGUGUCAUGCACAAAGUAGAUGUCCUAACCGACUUGCCAAAACUAUAGUUUGUUAACAAGACAUUUGUGGAGUGGUUGAAAAACAAGUUUUAAUGACUCCAACCUAAGUGUAUGUAAACUUCCGAUUUCAACUGUACAUGAUGCUGUUUCACCAUAAACAAUUGUUUUUAAGAAAAGGUGAUUUUUUUGGGGGGGUUAAAAAAGUAUCCAACAUGAUUAAGUGUAUAGAUAAACUCUCCCUUUCAAGACACAAAUGUUUUAAUGUUUUAUUUAGAUGUUUGUCUUUUUUAUUUGUUCAGAGCCCUGUAUAAAAAAUAUGUUACAUAGUUGAAGUUGACUUUAUUUUAAAUAUCUUCUUUAUUUUAAGUUUCAGUCAAACCACUGCAUCGCAGCUUAACUAAGGGCUCUUUUCAAUCUGUAUCGCUGAAGCGUUAAAGAUUGCGUGAUAGAAAUGUAAAAGUAAUUUCUGAUUAAGAUGACAUAUGCAGCGUUUACCGUGAAUGAAGUCUCCGCCAACGCGGGAACAUUGCCGUUAAAUUUCAAUCAUGCUGUAACGCUGAACGUCCGCGAUGCGGAUUGAAUAGAACUCUAAAACUUUGACAUGUCUCUGCAUCGACUCUGUCACAUGUUGUUUGAUUGAACCAAUUAUUCAAUUUGCAUAAAAUAAAUAUUUUCCACCACAUACAUAUUUAUUGAUAUACGUACAUUGUGAUUUGACAGGACCAACUAACAGAGUAAAAACUUUCCACUCAUAAAAAAAACACCACUGGUGUUUUAUGGAACAUGCAGGUUUCUAUUACAAUAGUUAGCAUACCACCACUGUACCAUAUAUGUCCAUGUCCGUUUGUACAUGUCAGCCUGCAAAUGUACUACAUAGCAUAUCAUACUCUUCCAGCAAUACACACAUGUAUUUUGUUAUUUUCCAGGAGCAUGGUGUAUCUGUUCUUCUAUGUAUUUUCAGUAGAAUCACUACAUUAUGUACUUUACAUGUGUUUUCUAUAUACUUCAGGAGGUGUGUUUCAUUUUUGAAUAUCUCAACAGAGAGAGACAGACACAGAUAACCUGUAAUGUUGCUGUGAACACAACAUACACAUUGAAGAGUAAAUCCUAUGGUUCAACAGUAUGACACAGUGCUAAUUGCAUGUGAAUGCCAUUCUAGUGUACCUUUGUUUAUAUAACUGUGUAUUGUUUAAUGUUGUUUGUGAUGAUAUGCUCUUAGCUUAGAGGCAGCACACGUUAACCUGUUACUGAGUUGUAAAUACUCUAUUUUCAGUAGGAAAUAUAAGGCACAGAAUGAAUUACUGGAAGUACUGACAUACUUUGAAGAACACUAAAGUACUGCAUAACUGAAGUACACUGACUUAAAUUUUACCAUACCAGAGUUCCUUUUUUAGAACCGGUAUACUACAGUAUAAGAGGUGUUGGUUCUCUGUACCGGUCAUCUCCAGCCCACUUCAACCACUGGCAGGACUGCUGAGUGUAAAUGAGGGAGUAAACUGCUGCUGCUGUAUAGACUGUGUUUGGCAUGAUGAUGAUGAUGAUGAUGAUGAUGAUGUACUCUAUUGUUCUAAUAAAAGUAUCUUCCUAAAGCCUGGUCUUACUGACCCUGUCAUGUGUUAUUUGUUAUAUCUGAGAUUGUUGCUCUACUACACUGCCACAAUGCUACUAUGUCCUAUGCCACUUAAAGGGGCACUCUGCAAUUGGUACAUAAAGUGUUGCACUUUAAAUUAAUGAUACAGUAUAUACCCAUUGAUUCUUGAAGAAUAUAACAUCUAAAUGCCUAAUGAGCUUAGUUCAACUGUCGUACCUCAUCAUAACUCAAAAUAUAAGCUUGUUUUACUUAAUUGUUUGUAAAUAAUGUAAUUGUAACAAAGACUGUAUAGCAUCAACUUGGGCUGGGAUUCAAUCUGAUUGGUUGUGUCCGCAAUACACAUAUAAGUCAAUGUUCCCGUGUUCGCAGUGACCACAUUCAAUUUUCCAAUUCCGCGAUCUGAUUGAAUCCCAGCCUUGGUUAAAGCUACAAUAUUGAUCUCAUGGUUCAGUCCUUGCAUCCAUAGUUCUGUCUAUGAAUUUGAAAGUGGUUACAUUUCUCCAGCCCCAGCCCUCAGAUUUUUAUUAAAAGUGUGGCGGGAUUCCCGCUUAGUUGUUGUUUGAACUGCAUAUUUCCCCUUUAAAAACUAAAAUACACGGUGGGCUUGGUCACAUUAAUCUAUAUAAAAGAUCAACUCAAUGAGAAGAGACAUUUGGUUGUCGAGGGUGUCGUUACAGAUUUUAUAUUUUGUUACCAUGAGACAAUAGUUGUAAUACAAUUGCAGCAUUGUAAAUUGUAAAUAAACACACACAAUUAUAUUCCAUGCACUAAAGCUAUAGACCUCUUGGUGCUGAAAGAUAGUUUCUUUUUAAAUAUAUAAAUUUAGCUAACAGCACACAGCCCAUCAGUGUUAAAUAAGUAUUAUAAAUUACAGGCACUGAAAAGUAUAAUUGAUGCUCGAUGAUUGAUCAUCUCGUCCUAUGAUAAAAACAAACAAACAGAAAUCUCUGCGGGUUGAUGAUGUUAUGGUUUGACAUAGCUGACAUGCCUUUGCUUUGAAACCUUACUCUCUGUCUUGUGGUACGUGACUGCCCCCCUCUGGCAGAGUGGACCUUUGUCAUCAUGUAUAAGUUACAACUAUCGUCCUGUCCCUCACCACUAGGGACCACCACAACUCUCACAAAGGACUGAUAUAUCCAAAGGAACAACUGACACGAGGGACAGAAUUAGAGAGAUACACUUCCCCUUUCACUGUGAAACAAGGUCCUCGUUAAGAAAGUAAGAAAUCACUAAAUCAAUUCCCAAUGUCCAAAUAUAAGAAAAAUUAAUAAAUAGAAAAUACUAAUGUCACUAUGAUCCACCUAAUACAGUCCUCCUCCUCUCUCUCUCCUUCCUCUCCUUUACAGCGACUGAGGGGUGGAGGGAUCAGUUUAACUCUCUUUUUGCCUGGUUUAGAGGAGGUGAAAUGAUGCAGAGAUACAGUCAUUUAUCACAUGCUACUGUGGGGAGACGCUGGGUUAGUUUUCACCUGGGGAAUAGGGUUCUACUGGAGAGCAUGAAUCACACACACACACACACACACACAAACACACAUAGACACAUGCACGCACACAGGUACACACAAACACACACACACACAGAUUGACCCUUUAAAAAAAUAUUUUUUGACAAUGAUUGUAACUUUUUCUGUGCAUAAUAUUUCCACCAUAAUUUCCUAUGACCAAAAACAGCUUCUGGACAUCAGAACAGCGAUCACUAACCUCGAUUUGGAUGAAGACAUCUUCUUCAAUGAGUCAGCAGGUGUGGAUGUACUGCUCAUCCCAGACCAGGCCCUAAUCUCCGGGACUCCAAAGAGGAAGAGACGGCGCAAGAGAGAAAAAUGAGCGGUCUCCCUGACGAGACUACGGCGGUGAGUAAAUAAACCGCCUCCACCCUCCGUUCUAUUGGCGAAACGUAUAAUAACUAGAGAACAAACUAGACGAGCUCCGUUCAAGACUAUCCUAUCAACGGGACCUGAAGAACUGUAAUAUCCUAUGUUUCUCGGAGUCGUGGCUGAACAAGGACAUGGGUAAUAUACAUCUAGCUGGUUUUUCUAUGCAUCGUCAAGACCGAACCGCAGCUUUGGGUAAGGUUAAGGGGGGAGGUGUGUGUCUCUUUGUUAACAACAGCUGGUACAUGAGAUCUAAUGUUAAGGAAGUCUGGAGGUUUUGCUUGCCUGAGUUAGAAUACCUCAUGAUAAGCUGCAGACCAUACUAUUUACCAAGAGAGUUUUCAUCUAUAUUUUUCAAGGCUGUCUAUUUACCACCACAAACCGAUGCUGGCACUAAGACCGCACUUAACGAGCUAUAUAGGGCAAUAAGCAAACAAUAACAUUUACAUCCAGAGGUGAUGCUCCUAAUGGCCAGUGAUUUUAAUGCAGUGAAACUGAAAUCCAUCUUAACUCAUUUUUACCAGCACGCCACCUGUGCAACUAGAGGCAAAAAAACUCUAGAUCACCUUUACUCCACACACAGAAACGCAUACAAAGCUCACCCUCGCCCUCCAUUUGGCAAAUCUGACCAUAACUCUAUCGUCCUGAUUCCUGCUUACAAGCAAAAAUUCAAACAGGAAGUACAGUGGGGAAAAAAGUAUUUAGUCAGCCACCAAUUGUGCAAGUUCUCCCACUUAAAAAGAUGAGAGAGGCCUGUAAUUUUCAUCAUAGGUACACAUCAACUAUCACAGACAAAAUGAGAGAAAAAAAAUCCAGAAAAUCACAUUGUAGGAUUUUUAAUGAAUUUAUUUGCAAAUUAUGGUGGAAAAUAAGUAUUUGGUCAAUAACAAAAGUUUCUCAAUACUUUGUUAUAUACCCUUUGUUGGCAAUGACACAGGUCAAACGUUUUCUGUAAGUCUUCACAAGGUUUUCACACACUGUUGCUGGUAUUUUGGCCCAUUCCUCCAUGCAGAUCUCCUCUAGAGCAGUGAUGUUUUGGGGCUGUCGCUGGGCAACACGGACUUUCAACUCCCUCCAAAGAUUUUCUAUGGGGUUGAGAUCUGGAGACUGGCUAGGCCACUCCAGGACCUUGAAAUGCUUCUUACGAAGCCACUCCUUCGUUGCCCGGGCGGUGUGUUUGGGAUCAUUGUCAUGCUGAAAGACCCAGCCACGUUGCAUCUUCAAUGCCCUUGCUGAUGGAAGGAGGUUUUCACUCAAAAUCUCACGAUACAUGGCCCCAUUCAUUAUUUCCUUUACACGGAUCAGUCGUCCUGGUCCCUUUGCAAAAAAAACAGCCCCAAAGCAUGAUGUUUCCACCCACUUGCUUCACAGUAGGGAUGGUGUUCUUUGGAUGCAACUCAGCAUUCUUUGUCCUCCAAACACGACGAGUUGAGUUUUUACCAAAAAGUUCUAUUUUGGUUUCAUCUGACCAUAUGACAUUCUCCCAAUCCUCUUCUGGAUCAUCCAAAUGCACUCUAGCAAACUUCAGACGGGCCUGGACAUGUACUGGCUUAAGCAGGGGGACACGUCUGGCACUGCAGGAUUUGAGUCCCUGGCGGCGUAGUGUGUUACUGAUGGUAGGCUUUGUUACUUUGGUCCCAGCUCUCUGCAGGUCAUUCACUAGGUCCCCCCGUGUGGUUCUGGGAUUUUUGCUCACCGUUCUUGUGAUCAUUUUGACCCCACGGGGUGAGAUCUUGCGUGGAGCGCCAGAUCGAGGGAGAUUAUCAGUGGUCUUGUAUGUCUUCCAUUUCCUAAUAAUUGCUCCCACAGUUGAUUUCUUCAAACCAAGCUGCUUACCUAUUGCAGAUUCACUCUUCCCAGCCUGGUGCAGGUCUACAAUUUUGUUUCUGGUGUUCUUUGACAGCUCUUUGGUCUUGGCCAUAGUGGAGUUUGGAGUGUGACUGUUUGAGGUUGUGGACAGGUGUCUUUUAUACUGAUAACAAGUUCAAACAGGUGCCAUUAAUACAGGUAACGAGUUGAGGACAGAGGAGCCUCUUAAAGAAGAAGUUACAGGUCUGUGAGAGCCAGAAAUCUUGCUUGUUUGUAGGUGACCAAAUACUUAUUUUCCACCAUCAUUUGCAAAUAAAUUCAUUAAAAAUCCUACAAUGUGAUUUUCUGGAGAAAAAAAAUCUCAAUUUGUCUGUCAUAGUUGACGUGUACCUAUGAUGAAAAUUACAGGCCUCUCUCAUCUUUUUAAGUGGGAGAACAUGCACAAUUGGUGGCUGACUAAAUACUUUUUUCCCCACUGUACCAGUGAAGUGCUCAGUACGGAAGUGUUCCGAUGAAGAGGAUGCUAAGCUACAUGAUUGUUUCACUAGCAGAGAUUGGAAUAUGUUCCAGGAUUUAUCCAAUAACAUUAAGAAGUUUACCACAUCAGUCACUGGCUUCAUUAAUAAGUGCAUCGACGAUGUCAUCCCAACAGUGACCAUACGUACAUAUCCCAACCAGAAGCCACAGAUUACGGGCAACAUCUGCACUGAGCUAAAGGCUAGAGCUGCCGCUUUCAAGGAGCGGGACAAUAAUCCGGACGCUUAUAAGAAAUCCUGCUACGACCUCCGACGAGCCAUCAAACAAUCAAAACGUCAAUUCAGGACUAAGAUCGAAUCCUAAUACGCUGGUUCUGAUUCUCAGGACUUUCAAACUUUAAUGGAUUACAAAGGGAAACCCAGCCACAAGCUGCCCAGUAACACAAGCCUACCAGACGAGCUAAAUCACUUCUAUGCUCGCUUCGAGACAAGCAACACUGAACCAUGCAUGACAGCACCAGCUGUUUAGGACGACUGUGUGAUCUCACUCUCCGUAGCUAAUGUGAGUAAGACCUUUAAACAGGUUAACAAUUCACAAGGCCUUGUGGCCAGACAGAUUACUAGGAUGCAUACACAGAGCAUGCGCUGACCAGCUGGCAAGUGUCUUCACUGACAUUUUCAACCUCUCCCUGACCCAGUCUGUAAUACCUACAUGUUUCAAGUCCACCAUAGUCCCUGUGCCCAAGAAUGCCAAGGUAACUUGUCUAAAUGACUAUCUCCCCGUAGCACUCACAUCUUUAGCCAUGAAAUUCGUUGAAAGGCUGGUCAUUGCACACAUCAACACCAUUGUCCAGACACCCUGGACCCACUCCAAUUUGCAUACCACCCCAAAAGAUCCACAGAUGACGCAAUCUCUAUUGCAUUCCACACUGCCCUCUCCUACCUGGACAAGAGGAACACCUUCGUGAGAAUGCUGUUCAUUGACUAUAUCUCAGCGUUCAACACCAUAGUGCCCUCCCAGCUCAUAACUAAGCUCAGGACCCUCUGAAACUGGAUCCUGUACUUCCUGACGGCCUCUACCAGGUGGUGAGGGUAGGCAACAACACAUCCGCCAUGCUGACACUCAACACGGGAGCCAAUCAGGGGUGUGUGCUUAGUCUCCUCCUUUACUCCCUGUUCACCCACGACUGCGUGGCCGCGCACGAUAGUGGUUGGCCUGAUCACCGACUACCUAUUGACCCAGAGGUCUUCAUCUAUAUUCCUAAACCCUUUGGUGGGCCAUUACACAUGCAGAUGCCAGCUGCAGUUGACUUCAGAUUCCAUGCAUAGUCCAUAUGCAUAGUCAUAAGGGUUUCUUACAACCAAAGGUUAGAAAAGUUAGAAGGAUGUCAUGCCUACUUUCUCACACACCCUCCCCUGAACCUCAACAUGUCUGCCAUUUAUCCACCUGGGGAAUGACCCCUCAGCACAUUCAUCACAUUACUAAAACUACGCUUUGUCGUUAUUUCACAUAGAUCUUACAUGUGGAUCUUACUUUCUUUCUUUCUUUCUUUCUUUCUUUCUUUCUUUCUUUCUUUCUUUCUUUCUUUCUUUCUUUCUUUCUUUCUUUCUUUCUUUCUGAUCUGUCACUCAUCAAAUACUUUUAGGGUUAUGCAUCUGCCCUGACUGUUCUCAUUUAGUCAAUACUGGCAGAAUUGAUGUGAUUUUCUGGAAAAUCAAAUUCUGCAGACCAGUGUAUUGACUUGAUCAUGAGUAAUGCCUCGGACUGGAGCAAUCCUAAUGCUCUCCAAAUGGGCAGGCUGUGUACUCUGUUAUUUUGAACCCCCUGAGUUGGCAGUGUGCUCAGAGUGUCAGCACAUCACAAGUCUGGGUAUUAGUAUUAGCACUAACAGUGAUGUUGUGUUUUAGCCUUGGCAGUAGCAGUGACACUGUAUAAAUGUGCUCUAACAUUGGGAGAAAACCACUAGGGCUGGACAGAGUGACAGAAUGACAGAGGAGGUAUAAUUGUUGGAGUCGUUUUCUGCGUCGGUCUGUCCACAAAUUAUUGAUCAGCGCCCUAGUCACCAGACAAACACAGAGAAAAACAAUGCCUGGAGUUUUACAGACUUAAAGAAAACACAAGGGAAAAAAACUAGCGAACAGUCCCAUAGUCAAAGCUAUGCUAGACCCUACUGUAAACUGGUCAGACACUGGUGUCUUUCUUAAACCUAGUUGAACACUUUAUUUGAAACAACAACAAUCCUAAUGAAGAGGUGUGGGUAUAAAGGACCCAAUUAUGUUAGAGGUCUCAUUGAUGCUGGCACCCUUUAGUCCAUACAGGAGUAAUUAUCUGUAGACUACAUUAACUGCAGCAGCUCCAACAGUUCAAGACAUUGGGACUAUAAUGUCUAUCUGACAUUUUGGUCAAAAAUGAGUUAUUCACAUAGAGUUGCUUAAUAUACAAUGAAAAUAAUAAUAAUGGAAAGUUCUAUCUGCGCAAACACUUUCAACAUGGUGCUAUAAGGUUAUAUCUGCAAUCAAAUCACAUAAUGCUGGGUUGUCAAGAAAACAUAAUGGUAUGUAAGGUGAUGUAUUUAUUGAGUCAUGAAAGAGGAAGACAUCACAAAACAGUUCUGAGAUAUGAACUUGAACAAUUCGAAGUAUCUCAAAACGAUACAUUUUGCAGGUAGAACCUCAUAGUCCCAAGUCCUUGAUUAUUCAUAUAAUAGGUUCUGGUCCUCUUUCACAAUUACUUAGAUUUUUUUUACACUUUAUCAGAAGAAUGGCCAUAAUUUAAGUUCUUUAUGGUAAAAACAAAUAAAUAUAGGUGCCUUAGAUCAUGUUUAAGGCCCAUUGGAGAGGCAUUGCUAUUGUUGUCUUGUUCUAUAUCAAUUCGAAAACCUCCAUGGAAGGGUAUUUCACUAAAUUACAAACUUUUCACAUUUGAUUGAUAAUUAGCAAGUAGUUUACUGACUUUGGGUGUCAGAGACCAGAUAAAUAUAUAUGUUUACUCAUCGAGAGCUAAGCAAUGUUACUAGCUCUCCAUAGGAUAUAGUAUAUUUUUUAUUUUAGUUAACUAUUGUCAACAAAUGUGUGAUGAACAUGAAUUAAUAUUUUUGAUGAUGUGAUACAAAAGAGGCUAGGUAUUCUCUUUAUUGAAUCAUUAAAUGUCUUUACUUUUCUAUUGAAUUUAUGCCAGAUAGAACCUUAUUACUAAACUCAGAUUGACAUUUCAGAACUAUUAGGUUCCAUUUGCGAUUGCACCCCCUACAAAAGUCUUAGGAUUAUGAUACUCUGUACUUUAGGUACUUUAAGGAGAGGAUCUUAAUGGGUUAUGAAAGAAGAAUUUACUACAAAACAGUUCUGAGAUGUGGGAUGUGAAAAAGUUGAUUCCCAAUAACUCACAAGUAUGCUUUGCACAGAUAUAACCUUAUACUGUAGUCCCAAGGUCACGAGUUGUAAAGGUUAUCAAUGUGUGAUUAAUCUCUGUCCAGUGUCCUGUGGUGUCUGUGGUUCUGUUUAGAGGUGACUCAGGUCAGUCAUGCUGCAGUUAGUCAAAAGGUCAAGGGUUAUCAAAUAGAGUUAAAGGAAAUGUAAACUGAACAAAGGCGUUUAGCAAGGUAAUGAGAAGGUAAUCGAACACACAUACACACACACACAGCACCAAAAUCCAGUCUACAGGGUGAUGUUAAACAGUCUUACAGGGUGUCACAUAUUAUCUCUAAAGGUAGGUGGCAACAUUUCCAGACCAUAUCACAUACUAACAGACACUCAACGUCUGGGAGCGAUUCAGACAUCAGAAUGGCUUAUACUGAGGUGAUGCUUCCCACCUCUCUGACACACCCUCUCACUUUCCUCUCCUAUACUUUCAACACCUCAUACAGGAUUGUUAAGCUCAGGUCCUGGUGGACCACAGUUUUAGCUGAGCCUGAGGAUUCUCUGGAGCUGAUGACUAAACUGAGUUAAACAGGACCCUAACCCAACUCCUGCUCCUCCACACAGGAACCAGUUGACAUUAUCAAAAGAUGUUGAUGGGGAGCAUGUCUGAGAUUUGUAGCAGAGACACAUCCAGGAGCAGCCUGGAUACAAUUACUCACAAAUCACUGCUGAAGGGGAUACUGUGUGUGUGUGUGUUUAUGUUUUCAAAUGGUUUUUCAAUCCCACUCCUCCUUUCUGUUCUCAUCCACACCAACUUUACACCCAUAAAUACACGUCACCAGGCCUAGCAUAAUGGAUGACAAUACACAGGAUGCUGGAUGGGCACUUCAACAUGUCUCACACAUACACACAAACACAUGCACACACCUACAGAUUAAUAUAUGUCAGAGUUGUCAGUAUGAUGAAUGACAAUACACAGCAGAUUUGACAGUCCCUUACACAGAUCACUCCAACCCAGCCUUCCACUGAACCAUCUGUGACUGGGCCUGGGUUUCCCAUUAGGGAAACUGUCUGUCCAGGGAGCCCGAGCACACGGACAGGCUCUGAGCCAACAUGGUGGCUACAUAGCUUCCAUAGCUUCAUCUAAUGUCUGACCAGGUUAGCUGCUCAGAAGUUAUCUCUGUUGUCUGAAAAUGUGGUGGGGGAAGAGAGGAGAAGGGAUGAAAGGGGUAAGAAAGAGGGGAAAGGGGGGUUUAAUUUUUACUUGUUACAGCAUGUGUGUAUGUGGAGUGUGUUCAAUGACUCAGAUUUUUCACAUAAAAUGUAUGCCAAACAAAAAACGUUUGACUUCAAAGUUUAACAAACCAUACAACUCUAAGCACAAGGACUACUUUACAAAAACACAUUUACUGGAUGAACUGUGCAGAUGCAAAGUUUGGUAAACGAAUUUAGGUAAAAUCUCCCACAGUUUUUUGUGUCCACGUUUUGUGACUGCGCCUAAAAACCAACUAAUCCCUUUGAAAAUGGCCAAUGUGGCAUUGAUAUGAGACAGAAACAUUAUUUGUAUUGUCAAAAUUGACUGCAAAGUUUAAAUAGGAUCAUUUUUGUGAUAAAGUCAGUCUUGUCUAAAACAGAGUUUGGAACCUCAGUGCGUCACAACGAGUAAAUUAAUGUUGGGUUUGGAUUACAAGUCUGUCAACAAAUUAUGCCCACAUUGCCAAACAUUGCCAAACUCCACGUGCAAAUCGCCCCUCCGCCUACUUCGCUUCCCUUCAAUGGGGCUUCAUUGUUUCAUCGCCACCAACCAAUGCAUUUAAAGGAUCACAGCCUUUUGAGACUGAAAAGCCCUAUACGGAUUGACCAUACAAUGCAUGUUCCAGCAGGAUGCACAGCCAACCACUAUGGUUUGCAUGCCCUUCCGAAGGACCCUAUCGCAUGUAAUAGGUGGUUGGAGUUCGUUGGUCCCCAGUGGUGGUGAGUAUACUACAGUGGCAGUCAGUGACAUUUAAGAUGAGGGAGGACGAUUUUUUUGCAUGAGCAUGGCCUUAUUUCUAUUACAGCAUAUUGGAUGACUGUCAUUCAAAUUCCAUUCAUCCAGUUCAAUGUAACAGCGAUAGGUUUAGGCUACAUGAUACUCAAAUGUUCCCUAUACCCGUCAUAAGGUUGCUACAACCUAGUCUAUGAAUGAAAGUUUACAACGUAGGUGCACACAGGUCGAGAGACAAAUUUGAGGUGACAGUUCACUUUCAUAGCAGUCCCGUGUAGCUCAGUUGGUAGAGCAUGGCGUUUGCAAUGCUAGAUUAAUUAUCUGAUCCUUUGAUUGGGUGGACAACAUGUUCGUUCAUGCUGCAAGAGCUCUGAUAGGUUGGAGGACAUCCUUCGGAAGUUGUCAUAAUGACUGUGUAAGUCUAUGGAAAGGGGUGAGAACCAUGAGCCUCCUAGGUUUUGUAUUGAAGUCAAUGUACCCAGAGGAGGACGGAAGCUAGCUGUCCUCUGGCUACACCCUGAUGCUACCCUACAGAGUGCUGUCGAAGCUACUGUAGACCUUCUUUGAAAAAUAGUGUGUUUUAAUCAAUUAUUUUGUGAAAUUAUUUAGUAUAGUUUAUCAAAAAAGGAUAACAUCUAAAAUAAAUAUAUAUCUAUAUAUUUUUUUAUUUUUUUAUGAAAUUCACUGAGGAGGAUGGUCCUCCCCUUCCUCCUCUGAGGAGCCUCCACUGGUAUACUGGUAGCUAGACCAUAGACUGCUGGUUAUGUAUUUGGUUAGGUAUAUUUUGAUAAUCAUUAUUACUAUCAUCGCUAGAAUAGCUGACGUUAGCUAGCCAGCUACCAAAUAGCUAGCUAGCUAAAAUAAAUCUAAUAGUUAGUUGGAAAACAUUUUGUUAUGAUUAUGAUGUCACCAGAUUUACUUUAGAUGCAGUAUAACUUUAUCCAGCUAACUAAGAUUGAGGGGACCACCGUAUUUUAGCUAGCUAACAUUAGCAUUGCUAGCUAUUUUUGACAAACUUUGCCAGUAACAGUAAUGGCAACAUUGCCUUCUCUCUAAUGUAAAUUUCACGACAUCAUAAUAUGGCAAAGUUGUUUCCUACUAACUAUUUGCCUACUUUAGCAAUGUCAUCAUAUUCCCAUGCCACUCUAAGUUACUGUAAUUUAGAUGAAACAGUCACAUUAGCCUGCAAGGUGCAACACAUGUCUCUCACAAAUAAAUAUUGGAUGCAGCUAUGGUGGUAAUAGCUAACUCAUGUCUGACUACAACAGUGCACUAACUAGCAGCAACAAACUCAAACCAACCCAGGGCCAUAGCAAAACAUAUCACAGUUGGUUGCAUAGUGUAACGACGUCACCGGCCUGAAUCUAAUCCAAUCUGGAGCCAGUCAGUCUACAUCUGUAAAGCAUAGGAUUAGUUUCCAAACGAGAAUACGUUAUUUCUCAAGCUAUGUUUAUAAUUGAGGGAUAAUGACAAUCGUUGACCCUGUUUUUCUGUUAGACAAAGUGCACAGUUGGGUGCCAGACUGAUCCCCUGGUCAUGAUUGGAUGCCCGGGACCUACAGAAGGGGCAAAGUUGGGUAUCAUAACAUGUCCAGCAAUGUGAUUGUAAUGGUUUAGCAACCUCUAAAAAUAAUUUCAUUCACUGUUCACUUGCUCUUUUCACAGUUUGUCAGGCAAGACCGCCGAAUAAAAGUGUGUCAUGUGACACAAGUAUCGUUGUGACACCUCCUCCAUUGUUGCCAGAGUCUCCCUCGACUCCUAUGAAAAAGACACACCAUCAUGAGGCCUCUGAUAGUGACCUGAGUCACUAUCAGGCUUCAUCAACAACGAAAUGUGAAAAGUUGUAUUGAAAAAUACCCGGCUUGAUAAAAUAGUACAUAAAUUCCCCAGCCAAGCAGAUACAACUAGUAAAGUCAUUUUGGUUGUGAAGUGCAUUAGCAAAAAGCUUUGUCCUUUCUUUAGAACAUAAUGUAUUUUUACCACUUGGCUGUCUAUUUUAUCACCCUGUCACAUGCCUUCCCAGUCAACCACCUCAUAAGAUUGCCUGCUACAGUUGGAGAGAUGUCCAGUUUGCAGCCAAACAUGCAGCAUAGAAAAGACCAGCAAAGGGGCCCUCAUCAGCACCUCGCUGUGAGCAUUCCUAUGAAUGGCAAGUAUCCGGCCAGCAACCUUUACCUGUCAGCGGCAACAGCUUUCACAGGCUAAUUAUGUGUACAAAUACAAAGGUAACCCACAUCCUUACUUUGAUACACUUGAUAAACCCAUCAUGAAAGAUAAUCUAUAUAUACUGACAUUAUUCACUCAACACAUCAACUCAACACAUCCACAAUGAGGUGAUUACUAAUAAUACAGUACAGCACAAAUGUCCAGUAAUAGCAACACCCGUUCCAUUCCUUGUGUCACUGAUGAACUCUGCUUCAACUAUUUCUACAGGUGGAUUGGAGAUGCUUUUGCCAGACAGCAGCCUCAGGUAGGGUUCAUCUGACCUGGACAAACUUCAACAUAGUACUUGUUUGUUUGUAAGAUAUUAUCCUAACUUCCAUUGGUAAUAGAACAGUGACUAUGUGUGUAUGUGUUCACAGAAACAUGUAUGGAGCCAGCACACAUGGAGACUUGCAAGAUGACGUGAUGAAGUCCAGACUGACAGACGGGCAUGAUAGUGAUGUCCUUGAAUGGAGAGAGACCUGGCACUCGCCGUAAAUUUUGUUACUAGAUACAACUUGUAUUGUCUUUUUUUAUUAUUGAAUUGAAUGGUAUCAGUCAAUAUGGGGAGGUAGAAACCCUGUGUAUUCUACACCAGGAUCAGGGAACUCCUGUUGAAUACGGGACACCACACAGGAAGGUAUGACCUCUCUAACAUGUUUGCCAAGGUAGCCCCAUUACCACCAGACAAAAUGUGACUUGUUUCAGGAAACUAGGCAUAUGUCACACAUCACUACAUCACAGUCAUUUGAACGUAAACAUUUAUUUUUUAUAAAAAUGCGUUUUUUGGUAGAAAUGGCUUUUGGAACAUGAACUUUCAUGUGCCAUAAUAAUUGUAGUUCAUCCGUAAAUGUAAAUAAAAUUGUUAAAUUACGAGCCUAGUUGGUUCAGCCACGAAAAAAGACAGGAACCUUCCCGCUAGACAUGAUUGGCUGAGAUAAUAGAUGGGCUGGACAUGCCGGGAGACUUGUUUUGAUUGGUCUGCAAUGUAGAUCAGUUGGAAAAAGUGAUGGGCUACUUUCUGCACAUGCCACAGUCAGUGUGAACCGGAGUGACUUGACACAACGCUGGCCAAACAAGAUGUAGCUACAAACAAAACAGAGUUAAAUAGUUCCAGUCUGCCGCGAAGCAUUCAUCCAUGUAUACGGGCAAGAGUCUAGCUACAUUUAAGCAAUAAUGCAUGAGGAGGUGUGGUAUAUGGCCAAUAUACCACGGCUAAGGGCUGUUCUUAGGCAUGACGCAAACUUCAAUAUUAUUUGAUAUAGUGUGUGUUUACCAUAUGGCCUCACAUGCAAAUCCUUAAAGAGAUGGGUGGGGCUAAGGAUUAAGAGGGUGUGAACGAUGCUGAAUGGGUGUGGACAAAGAAGAGCUCUCCAGUAGGUGUACCAGAACAUUCAAGGGUCAUUUUCUCAAAAGUGGGGUUACAAGUUUAUCAAUUUCAAAGCAGAAUUACUUUCCCAUUGUUCCUUAACUGCAGUGUAUGAUAUACCAUUUUCUAGCUCUGAGUCUCUACUUUUAUCCAAUGUAAAAAAAAAUAUAUGCCAAUAGCCACAGUACCUGUAUGACAAUGAAAUGACAAUGAAAGAGGAAAGGUGCACAUUGUUAUGUUAGCAGAACAUUGCUUCUAUGGUAUUAUGUUAUGGGUUGUUUAUUCUACCUGUAAAUUUGAAAGUUAGAAAAACACUUACUAUCUACAUAAAUUCAGCAGUUGCAUUCUUCUCAUAUUACUCUGCAGGCUAUUGACCUAUUCAAAGCUUCCUCCGGCCUCUCAACAUACAUCUGCCUGUAGUUAUUGAACUCAACCUUUGUUUGUUGUGAAUGAGUGGUAGGAAACAGCUGCAGGCAAGGUUCUGACAGAUGGGUGUUUCUUGGUGGUGGCAAGGACACACCCAAGAAACACCCACAUCAAACCACACCCCCAAGCCAACUCGCGUUUGGCUUCUUCAGCAUUUCUUGAUGAGCAAGCCAAAAAAAGAGGCCAAAUCAGCGGGUGCGGUUCCCCUUUAAGAUUCAAUGAUGUCUGCAGAAAUAAUGGGGUGUCAGCUAUGACAUGACACAUUGACUUUGAAAAAAUUUGUUUUGGUUAUUGAACUAUAGUAAGUGAAGUGUAUUUACACCUGGUAAAGGAUUUGUGGUAAUUCAAUUUCAUCAUGGGUCCUGGUUCUGUCCUACACAUAAAUGCAUAAUGAUGGAUAUGAAUGUCAUUCUCUUCAUGGUGAUGUAUCCUAAAAACUUACACAAAGGUAUAAAUAUGCAGUAUCCUCCUUUGCAUAUUUGGGUAUUAUUCCCAUUGUAGCCAAUUCAAUUGCAGAAAUUCUGUUACCAAUGUUUGGGACAUUUCGUUAGCGAUUUGGUAACAGAAUUUCGAUAAUUUAUAUCGGUAAAAACACUAUAACUAAUUGAUAGGUCUACCUUUACUUGUUACUUCUUUUGAAUUUCAUUUUCUUCCCUCCGCAUGAGGGAGAGAAAUCAGAAAAUAUCUUAAAGAUAUGUGGGUUUUUGGUAAUGGAAUUUCAAGGCAAAAGGCAAUGUUCUUAAACUUACAGAAUGCAUAUUUUUUUUUCCUAAACUAAAUAUAAGUGUUGAUAUUACUGUAUUUGGCAGGGGUUUUUACUUUAACAUUAUUGUGUUUUGAUGUAUUUCUAAUACUUUUGAAUAUUUUUCUGGUAUAUGUUUUCUAAGACCCCUUUUCCAUCUUUUUGACCAGAAAUCAAAGCUUUUGCUAAUUCCACAUUUCUAAGAUGGAAAAUGGUUGAAGAAUGUACAUAUGCCAUAAAAUAUAGGCUCUUAGCUUUCAUUUGACAUGCUCCUAUGAACUUCACAUGUUGGUGUCACGGGUCCUUUUACAUGGCAAUGGAUUCUCAGUCAGAAUGCCAUAGCUCUCUCUCUCUCUCUCUCUUUCUCUCUCUCUCUCUCUCUCUCUCUCUCUCUCUCUCUCUCUCUCUCUCUCUCUCUCUCUCUCCUCUCUCUCUCUCUCUCUCUCUCUCUCUCUCUCUCUCUCUCUCCUUCUCUCCCUCUCCCAGAGCUACUGAACUGA